AUGUUCAGCCUUCAGUUAACAGUUAUUAUGGUAAGGAGUUUAACACACUGCAAUUCAACAGCUGAAUUUAGGAUUUGGAACGCAAGGUGCCUUAUUUUGCCAGCUUAUUUCUUUUACACACACACACACACACAUGUACGUUAUAAGCAACACAAUGACAAGACCUGGAAAUACAAGCUUUGCCGUAUUUCUCUGAUUGGGGCAUGCUUUUGUAAUGUGACCUUGCAGCCCGCCAGUUGGUCUGUAGCGCAAAAUAGGCACAGUCCUUGGAAAUAAGACAGCAGGUGCAAGUUAAUUAAAUAAGGGAACCAUGCUGCUUUGUGCUGGAAGAGAGCAUGCACCCUGCUCACCUCCCACUGUUACAUUCACACUUCCUUGCGAGAUGUUAAGGUUUUUCUUAUAUGGAAGAUGUUGCAUCCAUAGGGCAAAGGGAAGAAGGGAGGAGGGCCUGUUUGGGCGCAAGCCAAGAAUGCUCACUUAGCCAGCCAGUCUAGUAACUCUGCAGCACAUCUGUGUGUCAAGGCAAGAGAGAGAGAGAUUGCAGGCACCAUCCUGAUCCUGUAUAGAUAUCUCUUUUUAAUAAAACUUUAUUAUUUUUCCAACUUGGGAGAAUAAAACAAGCAAUAUGCAGAGCAUUUUCAAUCAAGUUUAGUUAAAAUGCAAAAUGUGCAUUCCAAAAAGGAAAUGCCUCACAAAAGAAGCAUUCAAUUUCUACCAUCCAACAUCCACAAAAUUUAGAAAAAGACACUAUUAUUUAUUACCUUGGAAAAGGGCAUUAUUAUUAUUAAGCCCCUUCAGCCCAAUCCUAUCCAGAGUUAGUGGUCCCUAUUAAAAUCAAAGGGGUUAGGCAUAUCUAAUACUACCCAGGCUCAUGUUGUGUAUAGUCAAGAAAAUCCAAAAGUGAUAUAUCUGGAAAUAUGUUUUUAACGUCAUUCCAUAGGUUUAAGAUCAUGUAUACGAAGACAUGUGAAUGGUUCACCUACAUCCUAUGCCAUCCUUCAUAUUUGCUCCAUCCAAGGUAAAUAUUUCAAAACAACCCCAACUAGCCUUUGUUCUGUCUGUACCAAAGUGAACCAAAAAUACAGUUCAUGCUCAGGAACAGUUAAAAAAGAAAAACACUUAUAUUAACUAUAUUGCAAACACUUUAAUUUAUGUGAUUAUUAUUAUUAUUAUUAUUACUCUUAAUUUAUUUAUUUGUACCCCGCCCAUCUGGCUGGGUUUCCCCAGCCACUCUGGGCGGCUUCCAACAAAGAUUAAAAAUACAUUAAAAUGUCACACAUUAAAAACUUCCCUAAAGAGGGAAAUGUAUUUCAGUGUGUGCCCCCUGCCCCGGGUUCUGUGUGGAAGUGCUCUUGUAGCCCACUUGGUAUGAGAGGCUGGACUGCCUUGCACUAGAGCUUCAGCAUUUACUGACAGCCGUCUGUGCAGAACUGCUGAUUCUAGUUUUAAUUCUGUGACCCUCAAUCGCUUCAUCUCACUAUACCUCAAAAACCACCUUCUUCCCUCUGUCCUGUUGGGAUCUCUGCCCUCUGUAGCAUUUGCAGCUUUUGUAUUAAUGGUGCACCAGUUUUUCCAACAAGGAGGCAGCUGCUUAUGAUGGAACUAUGACAACUGUGUCUGGAGUCUGUUCUAUGAAAUUAACCUAUGGUCUUAUGAUUCAGUUUUAAUGUUUUUAUGUAUGUGCUUAUUCUUGCUGUGUAGUCAGCAGGCAACACAAAGCUAAUGUACUUUAAUGCUCUUUUUUUGAAAAAAAAAAAAAGCCAAAGAGCUGUUCAUUUUGAGGUUAUAUGACAAGCUUUAUGCUCCAUUUGUAACAGAUUUAACACACCAGCAAAGCAAACAAAAGCAGUAUUGUUUCCUUUGCAGUUUCCAGUCUUUUGUCUCCAAAGAUUUCCAGGCCUUAGUAGUUAUGGAUGAAGGUUUUCCCUGCUCUUAGGGAUGCUAUUUAUGAUUGGUUUAAAUAAUGGAGAGAGAGACAAGAGAGCACAUAUAUUGUCCAUGAUCAUUUUGAAAGGCCACACCAAAGAAGAGAUUAUAUUUAAAAAGCAGCUAAAAAUGUGGAAGCCUACCCUUCUUAUUUCAGUAAUAUAGCAACUGCGAGUCAGUCUAAAAAUACCCUCCUGGCACACACACACACACACACACACACACACAUACAAUCAAUGAGAAAUUGCUUCUUCAUGCCCUCAAGAAGUUCUAGUUAACAACACUGAACAAAUGCCAGAUUCUCUAAAUGACAGUUACAUGUGCAGCUUUUCUAAUUCACACUGUUCAAUUUACUUCUCAAAAGCUGCCAAGACCAAACAUCUAAAGUUUGGGGAAUAUAUCCAUUUCAUCUACUUAUUUAUUUUGCACUCCUUACACAGGAGUUUUGUGCCUGUAGCUUCACCCUUGAUGGGCUUUUCCAGGACCAUUUUGUACCUGGGGAAAUCACUCCCGUCAUGCCUUUGUUAAGAGAAUAUGCUUCUACAGUGGUACCUCGGGUUACCGUAUUUUUCGCUCUAUAGGACGCACUUUUUCCCUCUUAAAAAGCAAGGGAAAAUGUGUGUGCGUCCUAUGGAGCGAAUGCAGGGGGGAGGCAGGCGGGAAAAGCCCCCAAGAGCUGCACACAAGCUCUGUGCGGCUCUUGCGGGCUUUUCCCCAGGAGGGAGAAGGGACUGACUGGCCGCAUCAGUCCCUUCUCCCACCUCGUAGAAAAGCCCACAGGAGCCACACACCCUUUAAAGAGCGCGCGGCUUCUGCGGGCUUUUGCGGGAGGUGGGAGAACUGCGCCCGCCUGUCCUCCUUCAGCCACGCGCCUGUCCUGUGAAGCUGGAGGAGGAACAGAAGGGUCUCCUUUUCCUUUUUUCCUUCUCCAGCUUCGCUUGAAGGGGCGCUGCGCAGUUCUCCCUCUCUGCGUAGCGCCUCUCCUUCACAGGAGAGGCCCUGCGCAGAGAGAAAAAACUGUGCAGCACCCCUUCAGCGACGCGUCUGCCCUGGCUUCUGCCUUAGCUGCGUGCAGCCUCUUCGGGCAGGCGGAGCCUUCAUCCUGCUGCCCUGAAGACGCUUGGCGCGGUUAUCCCAGAAGCCAGAACAGCCACACAGUAUCCCAAAAGCCAGAUCCCUCUUGCUGUUCUGGCUUCUGGGUUUCAAAAUAUUUUUUUCCUUGUUUUCCUGUCCCCCAAACUUGGUGCGUCCUAUCAUCCGGUGCGUCCUAUAGAGCGAAAAAUUCGGUAAGUACUUAAUUUGUUCCGGAGGUCCAUUCUUAACCUGAAACUGUUCUUAACCUGAAACACCACUUUAGCUAAUGGGGCCUCCUGCUGCCACCGCACCGCCGGAGCACGAUUUCUGUUCUCAUCCUGAAGCAAAGUUCUUAACCCGAGGUACUAUUUCUAGGUUAGCGGAGUCUGUAACCUGAAGUGUAUGUAACCUGAAGCAUAUGUAACCUGAGGUACCACUAUAGUAAUCUAGGGAGCAUUCUAUCUGAGACAAUAAUUAGCAAGACUGCAACACCAUCGGCACCUUUCAUCCUCGCAACAUUUCCAGACCUUCAUUGUUAUUUGGUGUCUAUGUUUCCCUACUUGGUUUCUCUAUGCAGAUGUCAGCAGUAAACAUGCACUAUGUUUUUUAAAAAAGCACACUAACCUAUGAAUGAAGCUUUCAUUUUCACCCAGUAUUUUUUGUUGUCUGGUCUCCUUUGAUUAGAUCUUACCCAUCAUGUUAGUAAAUGACAUUUGUAAAGAUAAAGAUUCCAAACUGAUUUGCAAGGGGGACUUCAUAGAGUUGAAUGGGUUUUCAGAGUAAGUUGCAUUUGGGUUGCCCUUGCAAUAAAAUAUUGAUAUUGCCAUAUUUUUAUAAUGUUAUUUUUUUUUAAAAGAAAUUUAGAUCAUGGGUCACUUGCUUCCUUUGCUUGGGCUAUGUACUCUGAUGAAAUGUAGGAAUAAAUUCAUAAAGAUACAAUGUGCCUAGGGAUGAUUAGGGCACCAUGCGAAAGGUCGCCGUCUUCUAGCCUCAAUUUUUGAGGAAUGGAUGUGACAUUUAAAUUGUAUAUCAUUUCAGUCAUAACAAAUUUAUUUAUAUCAUGUGUUACCGGGAUCGUUUUUACAUACAUUAUUUGUUUGAUAUAUUAUGAGCUAUUUGGAUCACUCUGUAUUUGCAUCAUAAUGUAAUGUCAUGUGCCAUCACCAUGACAUUAGCUGCUAGGCGCAAUGAAUAUUACUCAUUUAGAGGCUAUGCUGAUUGUAGGAGCUGUCACAUAACAGUUCACUAGUGCCAGCAUACUCUGAGAUUUCAUGCAUUGGUUUUGAAGGGUUUUUAUAUACAGGGAUGGGAAAAUUAUAAACUGAUGGACUAAUGCAAAUCUAGACCAUGAAAUGGAACUCUCAUUAAUUUACAUGUAAGAUUUUUCACAGUGAACCAUUUAUACAUAUCGGGUAAAAUGCUGUGUAUAAUUAUCACUUUAGAAAAAUGAUUGCCAGUAAAUAAAUGUCCUAAAUAUAAAAUAGCAGCAGUUUAAAACUGGAGCUUCUCCUAUGCAUUGCAAUGAGAUUGGGGUUGGACUAAAUGGGUUUUUGGAGUCUCCUCCUGCCUUUUGAUUUUACAGCUGUAAAUAUGGGAUUCUGCAGGAAAAGGGGGCUGUUUCUUUGUGACAUAAAUACCCUUGCUUGGUCAGUUAAGUACCCACUUUGUAUUAUAAGCCAGGGAAAUGGGUUCCUACAGAAAGUAAAUAGCUAGAGAUCCUUCUGGUCAGUUAGCACAAAGGGGUAUCUCUUUCUUGCCUUGCCCUCCCCUGUCUGGAGGUGACAUCAGCCAGGUGUCUGUCUGUGUGUAUGAAAGCAAACAAUAGCUAGGCAGUCUUGAAAGUGAGCCUGAAAAGAGAGAUGGCUGACUUCCUCUCUGUAAUAAUUGAAUGCUAUGCCAUUGGGGGGUUCCCCUAGAAAGCUUACUUUUAUUUUUAUUUAAAACAUUUCCAGGGACGCGGGUAGUGCUGUGGGUUAAACCACAGAGCCUAGGACUUGCCGAUCGGAAGGUCAGCGGUUAGAAUCCCCACAACGGGGUGAGCUCCCGUUGCUCGGUCCCUACUCCUGCCAACCUAGCAGUUCGAAAGCACGUCAAAGUACAAGUAGAUAAAUAGGUACCGCUCCGGCGGGAAGGUAAACGGCGUUUCCGUGUGCUGCUCUGGCUCGCCAGAAGCGGCUUAGUCAUGCUGGCCACAUGACCCGGAAGCUGUACGCCGGCUCCCUCAGCCAAUAAAGCGAGAUGAGCACCGCAACCCCAGAGUCGGCCACGACUGGACCUAAUGGUCAGGGAUCCCUUUACCUUUACGCCAUUGGGGGGUUCCCCUAGAAAGCUUUUAUUUUUAUUUAAAACAUUUCCAGGUCACUUCUCUUGGUAAUGCCCAUCCAAGGGGGCUUGCAAUAAAAAUUUAAAAAUAGCUGUUGGAAGUGCAACAGCAGAGAUCAUUCAAUUUGUAACGUAGGGGCUGAUUCUGUUAUUAGUAAGCCAGCUAACCAUUAUUGAUGUCACAUUAUUGCUGUCACGCUCUUCUUUUCAGAAGGUUGUGUGCUGACUGAGAAGGUAUUUUUCACUUACUGUACUUUCACACAUCUCAAAAUUCAGACUCUGAUUAGCCCAGCACAAAUUUUCAGCAGAGGCACAUGGAAGUGAUUUGGAUGUGUACAGGCGGCCAAUGUCAAUCUACAAACCAUCUGGGCAUCAUCUGGCCUUAUUUCAUCAAUCAGAACGUCAUUGGGUUGGAUUCUUUUUUUGGAGGGCAAUUUCAAUAUCAAUGUCAAAUUUAACCCGGGGGAUGCACACCCUUGCCCUAUAGCCUGUUGUCGCUGGCUGACAAACCAAUACAAAAGUCUUCUUCACUGCUUUGUGUGAGGUGAUCCUUUGCUUGUAAUAAUCAUGCCAUUAGGUAAUGGCAUUCAUUUGGUGACAAAUAUUUCAUAGGGCUUUGCUUGGUGGAAGCAACAGCUGUUAUGACUGAGCACUUGCGACAUGACAAGCAACCAUUCUCUUUGAAAAGUUAUGGGAAAUGAUUUAAUUUGAAGACUCCAGCUUCACUACACUAUUAAAAAAUAAUUGCUUCCUGAUGCUGCAUCAAAAAUCCAGAUGAUCUAGAAGAAUAUAUAUUCUAGUCUUCCAAGUAAAUCUCUCCCAGCAAUUUGUAAGGAGGUGUUUAAAAAACAAAAGCAGAAAUAGUAAAUGAGCAACCGAAACAAUGACAAUUGUUUCAUUAGAAUGGUGUUUCAAGUAUGUUAUGAAGAUGGAUGGGUGACUAAGAAAGAGCACCUUGAAAACACCUCAUUGACACAAAUACUUCUCUCUCACACUCACACAUACACCCUCACACACAGGCUGUGAUUCCUGAGCUUCCCCCUUAAUAUUUUUUUACAACAGCAAUUGCCAAAUGGCCCAUGUCCAUGAUUUCCUGCAUUGGCAAAUGAAACGGUUUCCCCAGGGGACAAUUGGAUUGCCUUUGACUACAGUAAACAGUUUAAAUACAUAAGCAAAUUCACUAUAGCAUCUCUCUUCAGAAAGAACAUGUUUUUCCCCCAUGAAAGAUUACAAUUGAUGCAGGAAGGCCAGUUGACUCGUAAAUUGGAAUCCAUGUCCCAGUCAUAUUUCUGGCUGGCAAAGGAAGCCAUUGUUGGCUCAUGCAGUCGGCUGUUCAAGUGCUGCCCAGAACAGCUCCCUAAAUAUAUGUCUUGUGCUAUGAAUAUUAGAUAAAGCUUCUGAGCUGAUGAAGAUGCUACUUCUUUGCUGAGAAAGCCAUGGUGGCUGCGAGUUUGCUACCAAGCUAGAUUCAAGGUUCUUGUGUUAAAUCACAAAACCUUAAAAUAACUUGGGCCUAAUGUGAUGUAAGAACCACUUGAUUCCCUGUGCUCCACCUCAGCCAGUGAGACAUCCUUUUGAUGGUUCCCCCACCCACCUGAAGUUCAGUCUGCCUUUAUCAGAGACUGAGCCUUUAGUGUGGCAGGUCGUGCCCUGUGGAACUCAUUGCCACAAGAGGUACAGAUGUCCUUCCUGCUUUCUUCUAGCUGUCUUUUAAAAACUAUACUAUUUUGGAAUGUGUGUUUUUUAUUUAAAAAAACACAACCCAACUAGUUUUCAAAGUUGUUUUGAUUCAUUGUAGUGAUAUGUCGUUUACAUUGUAUACCACAUGUGCUUUUUAUGAAUGUAUAUAGAUAGAUUCUUUUCUGGCUGUUUGAUAGCUGUCAGCUGCUAGUAUGUCUUAGGGAUUACAUAUAAGUUUUUGAGUCCUGCUUUCUGAUUCUUUUCAGGCCUGCUUAGUUAGGCCUGCAUUCUUUUUCCCACCAUAUUUUCUACUAGUCUAUUUUUAUAACUUCCAAGCUAGUCUGUCAACAUGUAACAGAAGUGUUACAUUAUGUGUGAACAAUUUAUAUAAGCUGCGGGUGCUCAGCUUGCUUAACACUGAAGGUCACAUAAGAGAAUCAUCAGUACCUGAUGUGUUACUCUGAUCAUCCUCACAUUUUAUUAAUGCAUAUUAACAGCUGCAUGACCAAAACAGGUUUCAAAAUACUUUUAAUAUAUUUGAAAAUUAAUAACACGCGCAAUAUAUGUUGGACAAUUUCCUGGACUCAUCAUUGCAAGUUAUCACCAAAUGUUUUAUUUUCUUGCCAGAACCACAUAAAAUCUUUACAAACUCCCAUAGUUUCAUUUAUAUGAAAUGCUUGAUAAAUAUACACAUAUUGGACUUGAUGGUUGGAUAUAGGGAAGCUGAGAUGUUUGUAUCUAAUUUAUGUUGGUGUUUCUACGAUGGGUCUCUCCCAAGUGAUACAACUCACUCAGUGCAAGAGUGUGUCUGUUGGCCUGAUGAGUGAAGGGAAAGGAUGCAAGUUGUCAUACCCUUAGUAUGACCUGUCCUUUCCUCUACUUCCCCAUUAAAAAGGAAGGGGAAGAAACUCUCCUUGCCCCCUAAUGGGAAAUUAUGAAUGUGCUUGGAGUUAAAUUACUAUAUAAUUCAUGGUUUACUGGAGUAUAUAAAAGCAUUUGCUCCAGAGAUGGAAAGCUUUGAGCCAUGGUAUAUUUUCUGGGAAGACGGUUGUUUCUCAUCAUUUAUGUUAUUUUGUUAACAUGCUUUUAAAGAAAAUGUUUCCUUUUUAAAAACGAACUCUUGUAUUUGACAUCCUGUAUCCACUUACCUUUGUCAUUUUAUAUUAUGCUGUUUCUCGCGUAAGUCCCUUUCUUCCUUGGGAUUUCCUUCUUUUCUACUUAAAAGAAUCUGGCAUACUGUGGGCUCCUAUCAGCAUUGAACCAGGAAUGGUCAGCCUUCCAGAAAUCAAGAUUGCAUGCAAGGCAGUUAAGUCAGAGUAGCUGUAUUUGAAGCCAUGGGGAUUAAACAAACAAAAAAAAGAGUAACUUCUAUUGGCUCAGAUGAAUUCUGGAGCCUGAAUUGGGCAAUAAGAAACUGCUCCAUACUUCUGAGUAUUUGAGUACUGUAUAGAGUUACAGAUCCUGACAACUUCAGAUGAUUUUGUGUUGCAUCUAACACAAGAUUUUUCCAGUGAAUUUUCAAAAUUGGAUGUAGAACAUGACACAUUAGAAUGCUCAUUUCCCCAAGAUUACCCAGCACAUGGAAGGAGCAUAGCCAGCCAUAUUGUAACCUAGUCUUUGAAUUUGUAAUGUGUUUAUUUUGUAUGCACAUUCUGUUCCUUUGCUGCAGUUUGCAUUUAUAAUCCCUACUAAAUUGCCUCCUACUCAGGACACUAUGCAUUUAGAAAUAGCGCACAUACUUCUCCACCUAGAUGUAGAGUGUGAUUCUUUCCCUCUGCAACCCAACAACAGAACCUGCAUUUCAAAAAGUUAAUAUUCAGUUGCUUGGGCUCCUAGAGCAGCAUGAUAUUUUGGAUCAAGGUUGAAUUUAUAAAAAGGUUUUUGAGAGUGUUCAUUUAAUUAGUAAAACCAGGAGAAGGGGAAACACUUCCUCACCCAUACUCAAAUACAAAAAAGACACAGGCAUGUGAAAGGCUCUUGCAUAUGUAGAAUCUGGCACAUACCAUCUUCAUACAAAAUAAUACUCAUAAAGGAAAACAUGGGACCUGUACUUGUGAUGCAUUUUGUUUUCAGAGGCACGUGGCUAAAUCUACACAUGUGCACUCUUCACACUUCAUGGGAAUUGCAAAAUGGGUAGAUACUUUAUUUUCCUUAUUUAUUUCAAUCUCAUAAUUAUAAUUUAGGGUUCUAUUGUGAUUUAGCUCACUUUAGGAUUUAUUUUUAAAAUUUAGCAUUUGAGGAUUCUUGGGCGAUAUAAAAAAAAUGCCCCAGAUAUUUCAUGCCAUGAGAUAUAUUUGCUGAUGCACACAUAAUACACAUUAUCAGUAAUGUAGGUAAUAUAGUAAGUUCAUAUAAAGAAAUAAUAAUCUCUCCCUGCCACAUGCUAAAGCUUGGGGAUAUGUCUUGCUUUCCCCAAGACAUGUACAGUAAAGUGACGCGCCUCAACUUUUCAAUUAAAUUGACCAUGGCAGGCUUGUGAGAACAUCAGCAUUAGACAUAUGAAUAGGGCAACCAGCCACCAACAACAGAAGGCUUUUUUGAUUGAUUUUAAAUUAAGGUCAUGGUCCCUCAGGCCACAGAAAGAUUUGAUUAUUUCCGUCAUAUUUGAAGUGUGUGUUGGGUGUCUUUUCUUUAUGGGCAGCAUUUGGCUAUUCCAUAGAGCAGUGACCCCAAAAUUUAUCAAAUGUUCAGAAAACCUAGAACAGUCACAAUCCUUGUGGCAAUUAUAUACACCUUAUUUAACAAUUUGCUGUAACUUCAUCUAAUAACUGUAUAUAUAGUUAUUUUAUUUGGAAGAGUCACUCCUUUGAAAUUGCUUUGAUUUAUAAACAGCAUCAACACAAACGUAUACAUAGCAGAGGUGCUGGAAGAUACAGUAAUUAUAUUGUAAGGAACAGUGGACAUCUCAUAGCCUUAAAAAGUACAAUCACAUUUAUUUAUGAGUCCCUAUAUAACUAUGACCAUGUGUAUGUUCUUGCAACCCUGUUAGCCUGAUUACCCGCCUAACCCUUUUCUACUUUGCUAGUUUAUAAAAGAAUGUAAUUAUGGAAAAAGCUUUGGAUGAAAAUCUUGAAAUGAAUAAAGCAAUCAAUGACACAGUGGCACAAUUCAGGCCUUAUACCGUACACACUACAGUAAUCCUAACAUAGAACUCGCUGUGGUUUGACCUCGAAUCAGGCCCAUGGCAUGACUUCUGGUGGUUGAACAAUGGUCAUAAUCACACCAAACCAUAGAUUGCUGACUGUGAACCAUAGCUUGUCAAUUCAGACAUGUCACCAAGCCAUACCUAAGCUGCUUUAGUCAUUUUUUUUCUUCUGACACUGAUUAUUUCAAAAUGUACUGUGUGAAGAUCAUUCAAGUGCUUAAAUGAAACAGCAAAUUGGAAGAGCAAUCAUUGCCUGAUUUUUAUAGAAUCAAUGAUGGAACUAAAAAAACCCAACUAUAUGUAGUUGGCAAGCUUAUGUAAUAUUAGUAAACAAAAUCAAGAUUAAUGUACCAAACUUUCUAAGAUGGACUUUACAAAAAAUAUGGCCAUCUUAAAAUAAGUGUAUAUGCUAAAUAUAUAUGGUGCAAACUGAUAGGCUAGGAAAGUCAGUAGUGUAGGGUUGCCAUAUUUCAAAAAGUAAAACAUCAGGAUACCCCAGAAGUUGUUGAGCUACAAGAAUUUUUGAGUUUGGGAGCUUUUUUUAGGCAUUUUCGGCACGAUUUAACCCCCGUUGCUGGUUUUCCAGGACAUUUGCCCAAUUUCAAGAAAAUAAUCCAGGCAAUUCCAGGACAUGUUCUGGAGAAUCAGGACGUAUGGCAGCCCUACACUAGUGCUAUAGUCCAAAAAAGCCAGAGCAUUGGCAGAAACUAUUAUGGCAAAAACUGAAAUUAUUUACAAACAAGUAGAGUAAUGUAAAUCACAAUUACCUGGUGCUAAUAACUAACUCUGAAGGGUAAAAAGAAAAAAAAUCAAACACACUCUUCCCAUGCUGCGGCACCCUCUUCUAUAUUCACAAAUGCUUAUGACAGUCUAUAUAACAGAUUUUAGUGUGUUACAAGAGGGCACAGAGACCACGAAGCAGAGUUUUAAAAUAUUUAAUGAAUGUCAUAUAAAAAUAUUAUUUUUGAUUCAAUAUUGGCACCCAGAAUCCAAACACUGACGAAGGCUGCUGCUCCCAUCUUGGGAACGUUCACACCAAGUUUGGCGAUGACAUAUCAAGAGGCAGCCAAAACUAUGCCAAAAAAGGGCACAGUGAUGCCAAAGACACAUUUCAGUCUGCCAUCUUGAUUCAAAAUGGUGUCAAAAUGAGGAUGAAGAGCCUUGUCCCCUCCUCGGGAACGCUUGUGCCAAGCUUGGCCUUAUCUCAAGAGGCAUUCCAACCACAGAGACAGCAACCCACCUUCCAAAAUGUUACACUGCAUGAAGAUAUAAACUGCAAUUACUAAAUGUGUGCUAUGUAAUGGAACAUAAAACCAAACAUAAGAAUACAUUAUAACUUUUCGUAUCUUUCCUUAUAUUAGAGUAGCUUGGUCUGCCACAAUCCCAAAUUCUUUUUCUAUAAUGCAGAAUAUUAGAGAUGUCAUCUUCAAAUCCUUAACCUUUCAGUAGUACCUUUCUGCGCCAGAACCCCCCCCCCCCCUCAGUCUCAGGCUGUCUUAAUGCAGAGCAAACUUCCCCUCUUUACUCCUCAGCUUUCCUCUCCUCUGCUAUUCAUAUCCAUCUGCAGUGCAACCCACCCUGCAGAGCAGGCCCAAAUUUACAAUUAACUUCUUUCCAAGACACCUCCCUUCUCCCUGAAGGACGCUGCCAAAUGCAUGCACAAUACAGACCCUUUAUGCCAGGGGUCAGCAACCCUUUUCAGCUGUGGGCGGGUCCACCAUCCCUCUGACCAUGUGGUGGGCUGGACUAUAUUUUGGAAAAAAUAAUGAAUGAAUUCCUAUGGCCAAGAAAUAACCCAGAGAUGCAUUUUAAAUAAAAGGACACAUUCUACUCAUGUAAAAACACGUUGAUACCCGUACCGUCCGCGGGCCAUAUUGAAAGGCGAUUGGGCCGCAUCCGGCCCACGGGCCUUAGGUUGCCUACCCCUGCUUUAUGCCUCUAGCAAAACGGAUUUAUGCUCCCCCCCCCCCAAACCAGAUUUGCAACCGAGAGGUCCCUAGGCUUCCCCUCUCCGUGGCCAUUUUCUCCCUGCACCCUUCUCUCCCCCCCAACCAGCCGCAACCCCCCCCCCGCGCCUCUUUCCGUCUCCCUUGGGAGCUCCGCUCCACCUUCCCCGCGCCCUCUUUCUCCUCUGCCGCCCUGAACGACCCCCGAGCCCUUCGCAGCCAAAAUGCUCCUCAUGUCAGGAGGACGUUUCUGUACAAGGAGGGUGGGAAGUUAAGCAGCUGGCGCUUGCUUGCUUAACGCGCGUGCCGGGGGGGGGUGACCGGCGGCGGCGCGUGCCAAGCCCGCCUCUCGCGCUUGGAGACGGCGGGCAUGCGCCCUGGAACCACGGACCCCCCGCACCAAUUUGGAGGCGGGCACAGCUCGGCUUCCUACUGCUCCGCCCCUUCCCUCCCUCCCUCCCGCCCCCUCUGUGUGUGUGUGUGUGAGGGAGACGGAGAGAUACCAGGGAUACUCAGACACCAGACAGCAGCAGCAGCAGCAGCAGCAGCGACGACAGGGCAGGGCGCGCGUUGAAGCGGCACGUAGAGCGGCUCGCCCUCGUUGUCAGCCGGGCAGAGCCUGACAGUCUCGUUGCGAGGACGUUGUUAAAAAAGGGGGGUGGGUUUGUGGGGGGCGGGCGAAAGAGAGAAGCCUUGGCCAGCUGCAGCUGAAACAGCGAAAAGGGAGGCUGCCGCGCGUCUUCCCAGCCUCCCACCCAGCCUGUCCGCCCGGUCCAUGGAGCCCAGCUAAGGCAGCGCCGGCAGAGAGGACAGUGAGGUAACAGCCACGGGGUAAAAGCUCUCGGGUCGGCAGCAGAUGGGAGACCUCGGCAGCCGGAGGAACGGGCUGGGAGAGGAGCGGCGCGGGCGCCCCCUCUGCGCUCCUGCCCCGCUCAGCCCCCCCCCGCGGGCGCCCCGCUUGGGAAGGGAGGGGGGAGGCUCUGGAGCAGAAGGUUAAGGAAGGGAGGGGGAGCGAGCGCAGGGUCUCUUCUCUGGGGUGGGGUGGGGGUGGAUGCCUGUGAACCUGGCAUCCAGGCGGGGGGCGGGGGCGGGCUGCCCUCGCCGGUUGACAGGUUGCCUGAGUCCAGGGAGGAUGGGGAGGUAGGUGCUCACCAUCGCCCCUCUUCAGAGGAUGCUUUAUGGGGAAUUGUCUCUUUAAUGUGGGGGGAGGGAGGAGGAGAGCUCCCUUUAUAUAUAUAUGUGUGUGUGUGGUAUAAUCAUAAAGGUAUAAUUUAUAUAUGUGGCAUAAUCAUAAAGGGUUGCCUGAAAAAGAAAAUGGGGGGGAGGUUGUUUUCUCUGUACUCGGGACUGGUUUCCCAUCCAAUUUGGGUCCAUAAGAGAGGAGGCUGAGGUUGUUGUGAAGCAUCCAUUUUGCCAUCUGAUGGGUUUGGCUGCACAGGAAGGAAUGGAUCCUUUAGAAGGGGAUGCUUUAGCAAUGCAGCGAGUGCUUCCCCAAGGCUCCUACUUGGCAUGCUUUGCUGUGAAGUUGUAUUUUGUGCUAAAUCAUUGAAGGGAGGCGGAGGAGGGAAUGAUCCCAGUGGUGUCUUUUGACAGCAUCCGCCUCAUUUUGACUUUAUGCAGCAGUCCCAAAUUGGACCUGCAGUAUUUAUGUGUGCCGGGCCUUGCGAGAGUCUUUCUCCUAUUCUGGGAAAUGGCACAGCACAAGGGAAGAUGAGAGACUCUUAAAAGGUAGCACCAAAUGUGCCAGCAGCUAUAUGGCCUUUAUUGGAACAGAGCUGUACAAUAAAGAUACCCAUAGGCAAUCUUCCCAUUUAUAGAUGGCAAUACAAUGCAAAAUGAGCUUCCAUUCCUUAUUUCCGAUCACUUUGCUCCGGUGGUAAAAAAAAGUUGAGCAAAUGCAUUUGUGCUGGAGUAUAUUUGCUUCCUUCCCCCUCUCCUGCAAUGUCUUUUACCCAUAAAUGAGUGGCUAUUGUUUCGCUCGGCACUGAGGAAGGUCUGCAUGUUUACUGAAAUGAAAUCUCAUUGCAUUUGCUGUUUAGGGUUAGAAAUGUUGCCAAACAGCUGCUGCUUUGUGUUUCAAUUGCCGAAGUCCCAGGAGUGGGUUUUGGACAGGGAGUGACAUGGUGUGUAAACGAUGAAGGAAGAGGAGGACAAGGGUCAAGUGCAGAUUUAUGGGUGCAUACAUCUCCCUCUGCUAAACUUCCUAAAAACAAUAAUUUGGAGAGGUAGUGGUAGAUCAUGAGGUGAGGAUUAAAACCAAACCCAUGCUGCAGACUUAUUAGUCAGCGAUAUUUUUUUAAACCUUGGAUUGAUACACUCAAACCCAAAACAAUGGAUAAUAUGAAAUUAAACAGUUGCUUUUUUUAGUUUAAUAUUUGUAAUCAUUGCAGAGCAGUUGCUUAUGUAUCACUCUUAUAAAAAAAUACUGUCUAUAGUUAAAGUUAUUCAGUAGGAAAUAAUCCCUUGGUUUUUCUUUCACCUUUGGUGCAUUUGUUUGUUCUGGACAAGGUGAUAGUGGUUUUAUUAUUUUUCUGUCUAUGAUUCUGGUUUGAAGUUGCAUUAUUUGGUUACUGGAGCAUGUUUAAAUAUUUCAGUGAAGAUUUUACAUUGACCAAGUGCUACUUUGCACAGAAUACAUUGCGGAUGGGAAAUAAAACGCACUUUUGCCUGAAUUUUAAGUCAUACCCUGCUCAUUUGUUUGCUAUUGGGUUUGCCAGAUAAAUGCUAGUUUACAAGCAAGAAUAUGUUGAGAUUCUUCCAAUAAACUAAUUUAUUGCAUUUUCCUUUUUCAGUAUGUUCUUUCUCAUGGAACAGCUUCAGAUAAGGGUGUGCUGAUUAACUGAAGUUUCUGAUUUUCAGUGCAUUGUUGGCUUCUUUUUAAUUUAUUUUCAAAAAAAAUGUUUGCUUGGUCCUCCUACCCUCUAGGGAUAUAAGCACUUUCUCUUUCCAUGAGGCCAAGGAUUAGUUGUUGUGAAGAAAUAGUGGGUCAAAUGGGUAUCCUGCACAUGUGAUAGAAAUUGUGUUUUACAGGAUUGGCUGUGGAAUCUUCUGGAGGAAAACCCAAUUUCUUAAGCUCCUCUUACUCCAUCUAAUAGCCUUAUCUUGUUACUGUAAUAGUGGCCUGUGAUAAAUGGAAAUUGCCACUAGGGGCUUCACAGAGAUAGCCAAACCUACACGUUAGGUUAAAAUUUUUAAUAUUAGACGGAAUAUUUGCCAAAUAAAAAAAGACGAGGCUUUGGCCUUUUAUGUUUUUCUAGAAUAGUAAAGCUCUGACUAAGAAAUCUGAGCUGGCCCUAUAACUAGAAAAACAGUUUAUUGGUGGGUGUCAGUGGAGUGGGUUUGAAUAGAUACCCUUCUUGAAUCAGAUGAGGAUUUUGUAUAUGUUUUAAAGCAUUCUGCUUUUUUCCUGAGCAUAUAAAAUCAUGUGGGUGAAAUAUGCAUUUAAUGUUAAUUGAAAUGUUGCCAAUGUACACACUCACUAGAUUUUCCUAUUUAUAGUCUAAUGCAAAAUUAAUUAGAUAUAGUAGAAUAGAAAUUAUUCUUUGACUUUGUUCAGAUGUAACACCAUGAUUUAGCUUUUCAAUAACAGGCCUUGGUGAGCCUCUGCUCACAUGCUGUCCUCUCUGCUCCCCUUUGGUGUCUAAGGAGAGGAGAUUGAAGCAUUCACUUUUGGUUUUGAAUGCUAGGGUAACAUCUCAGGAAAACUUUGGUAAAUUCAAAGAAAUUAGGAUUAAACCACAGUUCAAAUAAACCAUAGUUGCCUGAUUUGAGAUACAAUGGAACACUAUGGUUUGUUCAUAUGAACAGUAGGCUUGCAUUACUACUACUACUGCUGCUGCUGCUGCUAUUUACUAUUAUUACUAUUUGUUUACUACCCUUCAUCUGACGAUCCCAGGGUGGUUCACAACACAAGUAUUCUUAUAGUGCUAAACCAUGAUUACAUCUGAACUGGGCAGUUAGUAUUCAAAGAAAAGUUCAAAGCUUCUCACAGACUAGGUUGCCAGUGGCUAAACUAUGGAUGUGCUAGAGAAUGGCAGGCAUUUAUCCUAGACGAAAGACCUCAGGAUAGUGGGCUGCAACGUUCUUCAGUACAAUAAAAAUGGCCCUAAUUAGGCCCAGCUGCCAGCCUCAGCUAAAUGACAUAUGGGUUUGUUUAUUUCAGAUCUUCCUAGGUUGCAAAGUUGAAAUUAGAUGUAGGGUGUUUUAUGUGGCAAAUAAUUUAACCUCAAUUACUUUUACAUAAAUCAUAUGAGUGGUUGUCAAGAAUGGCUAAACACACAUGGUAAUGCAUGUUGUAUUAAAAAGACACUUGGGGGAGGAGGGGCACAGCUGAUUAUUUCAAAUCGAUGUGAGCUUCAGAUUGCCUUAUUCUUGCAAUUCCUGGCCUCUGCUACCCUACUGCCUCCCACUUUGCCUUCCUUUCUCGGAGUACAGCCUGAAGCAUGCUUGCUCAGGAUUAAAUUCUUUCCUCAGAAGGUGCUUCUCCUAAGUAGAUUUAGGACUGCAACCAGAACCUCUUCUCUUGAUGUCUAGGGUGGCUCUUGGGAAGUUGUUGAACUGCAACUCCCAUUUUCACCUGCCAACGUGGGCAAUAGCCAAGGUUAAUGGGAGCUGUAGUUCAGCAGCAUCUGAAGGGCACUGGGUUGGGAAACUCUUCUCUAUAACACUUUUUUUCCCAGACCGCUGCCUUGAGGUGCAUAACUUCUUCUCCACUAAAAACUCCAUCCUGUCCUGCCACGUAUUAGCAGCUUGGCCACUGGAAGCCAGAUAUUUUCUGUCUGUCCAACCCUUCUCUGACACUAGGAAAACUCAUUCUGGCACUGUCAGAGGCUUCCUUCCUUCAUUUGUUUGUUAAAUUUAUAUUCUGCCUUUUUACCAAAUGGUGCUUGAGACAGCAAGCAAAUACCAAAGCAAUAAAAGAUGAAGUAAAACAUAAAAGGCAGGUAAAUAAUGCGUGAAACCAGUAAAAACCAAUUACUGCAUAGUUACAGCACAGUUUAUUUAUAUAUUUAUAAAUUUCCCAUCAUUUGUAAAUACCGUAAUUGUGGAGGAGGCAGGGCUUGACAGGACUUCCUUGACAUUGCUACUAUUCCCAUCACAAAAAUCCAUUUUACUACAGCAUAUAUAUAAAUAAAUGGUUCUGUCUUUGUCACACAGAGGCAAUCCUAAUAAUGAUGAUUCCAGAAAAAAGGUGAGGGAGGAGAUAUGGAGUAUUCCUAAAGCCCAGUCCACUUCAGAAGAGCUUUGAUUCUAGAACUUCUCCAUGCUAGCCUCAUCUCCUCUCUCAGCUAUGGUAGACAGGGAAAAAGAAGGGUUUGCCUCUAGAUAUCUGUGUUAAAAUCUGGUGGAGGAAGCAUCUUUGGAGGGUGGUUUAUUGAGUACGAAUGGGAUGAGCUGCUGUGUGGUUGGGGAUCUAUGUGUAUUGCUUUCACCGAGGCCAAAAAAGGGGCCUUAAAGGGUCACUAAGGGUCUUCCAGUAGACAUGGUUAGGGAGUGCAUGUGUGUGUGACACCUAUUAUUCACCCACUGGGAUCUUCAAACAAUUGAAUAUUUUAAACUUUUGAUUUCCGGUAUUAUGUUUUAAUAAUUGAAUGACAGUAUUAAUGAACUUGAUAUAAAUCAAUUAAUACAAAUAAAUUACCCAUGCAACUUAGUAGGACUUCUUCUGAAUAAACCAGAGGGUAAUUGGGCGUGGUGUAUUUGCAAGUCUAUGUAGUUAAGAGCUGAUAUGGUUUUCCCAAAUAGCAAGUGAACAAGAAGCAAAAUAAGAGAAUGUGCUUGUGAUGGCACUAGAAUUGACAUGUGAUUUUUGUUUUUCACCAUGUUGAGCAGAAGUGGGGAAACAGGCUUGUUUUACUGUGAAUGGUUUUGUCUUUGGACAAGACUUCAUUGUGUCACAUAUUCAGAACCAUCUCUGUUGAAUAACAGGGUGAGUAUUUUCCUCAGCAUCCCACAGAAAACUCUUCCUUGGGGUGGUAAUGAAGCACUGUGAGGUCACAGAGGUGUGUCCCUAAGAGCCUUUGUGAUGCUACAGGAGAUCCUGCUGGUGCUUUGUGUGGCUUCAUCGUUGAAGCAGUUCCCCACAAGGAAAGCAGUGCACUUACUGGAUCAUUAUUUUGACAGGCUGAAGAAUCUUAGAAAGCUAGAAAUACCUACAAAAGGUACAGUUUUGCCAUAUGCAGUGAUUGAAUAAAUAUAGCCUUGACCAUAUUGAAAAUUUAAGAGGAGAAAGUUUAGAAAUCUAGUUCUAAUGAUCACAGUUAUUAUUGUUGUUAUUAUUAUAUUUUAUUAUUUAUACCUCGCCCAUCUGGCUGGGUUUCCCAAGCUACUCUGGGCAGCUCCCAACAGAAUUAAAAGCACAAUAAAACAUCAAACAUUAAAAAUGUCCCUAAACAGGGCUGCCUUCAGAUGUCUUCUAAAAGUCAAGUAGUUGUUUAUUUCCUUGACAUCUGAUGGGAGGGCGUUCCACAUGGCGGGCACCACUACCGAGAAGGCCCUCUGCCUGGUUCCCUGUAACCUCACAGGGAGGGAACCGCCAGAAGGCCCUCGGCGCUGGACUUCCGUGUCCAGGCUGAAUGACGGGGGUGGAGACGCUCCUUCAGGUAUACUGGGCCAAGGCCGUUUAGGGCUUUAAAGGUGAGCACCAACACUUUGAAUUGUGCUCGGAAAUGUACUGGGAGCCAAUGUAGGUCUUUCAGGACCGGUUAUGUGGUCUCAACGGCCACUCCCAGUCACCAGUCUAGCUGCUGCAUUCACAUAGAGCGCAUUGCAGUAGUCUAAGCAGUAGUCAUUAAGCAGAUACUUAGCUGCAUAUAGGUCAGUUCCCCCCCCUUUUAAAAAUACACUUACUGAUUAGUUAAAUUGCUGUGUUUGAAUUUUUACUAAUUGCUCUCCAUUCUUUUCUAUCAAAUUCCUGUUUUUCCCCCCUUGGAAAAUGGCUUGGCAUUAACAGUUCAAAGUAGCAUUAAGCGGGUGUUGGUUUUAUUCUUUCCCUUGGAUCUUGAAGAAUUUGAAAACAAAGGGAUGGCACCCUCUCAUGGCAGUAUGUCAGUGUGUACAGUAAUGCUGUGAUUCCGGCUUCAUCAAACUUGGUGCCCCCCAGAUAUUUUGGACUACAGUUCCCACCAGCCCCACAUGUACUGGUUGGGGCUGAUAGGAGUUGUAAUUCAAAACAACUGGAGGGCACUAGAUCGGCAAAGGCUGCCAUGAUGUGCUUUCAAUGGCAAAGUUCCACAGAUGUCAAUUGGAGAAGAAUCAUUCUGUUCUAGACGUCAUGGCGAGGUCAACAGGCUAAAUAAGAAUAUGGAUUAAAAACUGGAAUGGGUAAAAGCAUAUGGGACAUAUAGAAGCCCACCAUUUUUAACCUAAUGUUGAAAAGUAAUAGUUAGAAAUAUAUCAUAAUUUAAUAUGCUUCAUAAAUCCUUGCUCCAUAAAUAUGUUCCACCUCUUGGUUGCACUCUAAUAUCCUGGAAUUCUCAACACUCCUACCCCGGUGAAGUAUUAUUUUAUUUCACUUCAGUGUUACAACUGAAGAAGGGGUAUUUGGGGAAGGAAAGAGACCGGUCCUUGGAGAGCUUUUAAAAAAUUGGCAAUCUAAGGUCAGAUUCAGUGCAUGGAGUCCUACUGCCAUGCUCAAGGUUGGAUCUGCCAUAUUGGUAAAUAAUUUUCUCCCUGGGUACAAUUUGGCAUCUCUUGUGACACGUCUUAUAAAAUUAGCCACGUGGCUGAAACAAGUGAAUCAGCCUCAGUGUUCACGCGGGAGGGAAGGCAAGACCCUUGAAUUAUGCAGACACUGCUGCCAUUCUGCAUUUGGUUAUAUAUUGCAAUAGCAAUCUUCAGCCCAGCAUGUGGGUGAUGCUUUGGGGCAUUUUGGAAUUAAGCAUGAGCCAUCAAAUUAAAGCACAGAAUUCGUAGAUCUGCUAAAAAGAAGAGUAAGGUGCAAAUUUAAUGUUAAGAGAUGAAAUGUAUUGUAAAUGCAGGCUGCAUCUGAUGCUUCCCUAGCUAGCCCUUGUUUGACUGCUCUGGUGUUAAUGGAAUGUUCUAACAGUUUAAUGCCUUAACAGUUAGUACUAAGACCUUAAGGACAGAAGAGAUUGGAUGCUCUUAGUGGACAAGCAACAUAGACUGAGAUUAUUACUCCUACAAGGGCAGCUUCUCCCUUCAGCCUGCUGUUUGUGAUUUGAGAACGCUUUUAUUUUCUUUGUUGAUCUCUGUUGUGGCAUUUCACCUUAUGGUAUUUUACUUGCUUGGGUUUUAUAAAUGAGGAAUAGGGUUAAAAACCCAAACACUUAAUUUGUUUAAGAUGAGCCAAGUCGGAGAGGGAGGAAGGGGAGCUCAUGCUUCUUGCUCCUGGAGCGCUGUUCUUGUUCCAGUCAUAAUUGCUUUGACAUUGCUAUACAUUAUUUCUUUUCUCUGCCUUUUUAAACAUGGUGGCUCCCUUGACAGCUCUUUCUUAAUUAAAUAGAGAGCUGGAGCACUGAGGGAUGUUGCAGAACUAGACCUGGUAGAGAGGUAGCAUGAGCUCUCUGCAAACCAUACUUCUCCCUGCCAUAUAUUCCCCACUCCCUUUCUUUUUUGGCCUUAACUGAUGCUGUACACAUGAUGCCAACUAUCAUUAAUGCUUACUAGGUUCCACUUAACCAGGGUUUACAAACCCACCAGAUAAUGGUUUGAAACUGUUUAGUAUGUGUUGAAAUAUAUAGCUGCUGGUCAGCUCACCUCUCCAUCCCUCCCCAUAUGUGCUUCUCUACACCCACGAGUUCUCUUUUCCCUGCUACCCACACUUCUCCUCUCAACUGUCCUCCUGAAUCUAAGAGCGCUGCGGACUUCCGGGGAGGCGCCUCCGGCAAUGGCUGGAUUCCUCUGAUCGGGAGGAAUCAGCUCCGUGGAAAUCUGGGUCUGGCCGCCACGGCGAAGGCGGAGACCCGUUAAAAAUGACAGGCGGGAGAAGCCUGUGAGCGUGGGAUUCGGCGGGCACCCUUUGCGCCUCCCCCACUCGCGGGGAAACCCGGUUUCGGGGAUCCGGAGCGACGUGGGGUGAGCAGCGCGGUGCUUCGAAUCAUCUGCUUCUUCCACGGAGCGAAGCCGCAUAGCUGUUGUCGGAGAGCGCUGACUUUUUCCUGUGGACAAUUUGACUCUAAAGUAACUACCCGUGAGUAGAGCCUAAUUGGGAAAAUUGGAUUAAAAAAAAAAAAGUCUAAUUUGGCAUCGAAACGGGGAAGGUUCAAUACAGGAAGUCUGCCUUCCCCUUUUGUAAAUAGACUGAAGCAAUGGAGGCUGCAAGCUGAAGUCUUGGAAAGCCUUUUGUAAAAGACUAAAUUUCCAUAAGUAAAGAAUAUAAUCCUCCCCUUGGAGGCAGGAGAAGAGGGGGGAGGGAAGUUGUCAACUGAGUUUGCCUGCGGAAGAGACCAAGAGAGGUAAAACACUGCCGCUCGGACCCUGGGAACGGGCUGCUAGAAGGUCCGACGUUUUGGUGAGACGUUUAUUGACAGUGCUUGGAUUGUGUUGACAGCUAGCAUAAGAGAAGAUACAUUGUUUCUACUGUUUCCAGCAGUGAAAGUAACUGAAAAUUGAAAUUAGUUUGGGGUCGUUUGAACUGUGCUUUAAGAGGAUAUUACUUAUCAAUACAAAUAGAAACUGUUUCCCUCUAGUGGAAGUUCUUGAAACUGGCGGCUUCAUAAGAUCUGGGCUGGGAAAUUUCCAGUUGUAAGAUAAAAACCGUGAGACUGUGAGUUGACCUUGAAUCUAUUGAGUGUUAUGGCAGAUGCGAAAGACGGAAUGUCGCCAGAAGAGGCCUUAGUGAUUGUACUAGUGAAAAUAAAUGAUUCGCUGGAACAGCUUCACAAGAAAAUGGAUGUGAUAAAUAUGAAAGUGGAUGCUGCAAAUAUUAAAAAUGAUUUAAUGGUAGAAAGUUUAAAUAACCUGGGACAAAAGGUGAAUAUCAAUACAGAACCCACCCAGAAAUUGAUACAGGAAUCUAUCCUGAUACGGCAAACUGCGGAUGAAGUUAAGGAGAAAACCCUCGCUGCUGAAGUUAAAGUAAUUCAACUGGAGAGAGAGAGAGUCCCAUCCAUACAAGGACGAUUUGAUGAAUAUGAGCUGACACCCGAUAUGACUGAACUUAAAGAGAAACAGAUGAAAUUGAGGAUCAGAGCCCUACCCGAGGAAGAGGAAACCUUGAUAGAGAUUCAGGAGUAGAUAGGACUAACAUUGGUUGAGAAAGAGAGGUCAUGGGGGGUUAGUAUGACCGCCAGAAAUGUGAAUUUAUUCAAGGGCAACUGUGAAGGACGUUGGCUUGAAGACAAGGGGGAUUUGGAAAUAGGGCUAAAUUGGAAGUUGCUAUUGGGCCGAGUUGCUGUGGUGGGGACGAGGGUUGCGGUGAGGUCGGGGAUGUUGCUUUUGUUUCAAACAUUGCAAGUUUUGGAUGGGAGGGAUUGUUUCAGGAGGUGGCAGAGGGAUGUCUCUAGAUCUGUAUGGCAGGGCAGGAAGCCUCGAGUAAAAUUUAAGAUAUUAACGGAUGCUAAAGAAGGAGGUGGACUUGCCCUGCCAGACCUCUAAAUUUUGUGAAUCAUCUGCUUUUUGCUGGCUGAGAGAAUCGGCAGAAUCCGAGACCAGGGAGAAGAGCUGGUGGAAGAAGACUGGAAGUUUAAAGACUAUUUAUAGAAAUAUUGCAAAAUUAAUGAAUGUUAGAACAAAGUGGGAAUGAAGUUAUAUGGCUUUAGCAGAAAUGUCAUAAGGAAUUAAGUAUAAAUAGAUUAAUUGAGCAUUAAAGGGAAUAAAAUAAGGUUAGAAUGUGUUAAGAUAAUUAUAGGAUAGAAAACAGAGGAAGAUGGAAAGGAAUUGCUGAAAUAAUUAAUUGAUGUGGAAUACAAAAAGGGAGGUGUGAGGAAGUCGUGGAAAUAAGUGAAUGAAAGAUAUGAUAUUGAAAUUGUUUAAAAUGGUCUUUGUUUUGUUUUAUUUGUCUUGCAUUGUAUUGUGUUGUUUUUUGUUUCUUUUUGCUUCUUUGCUUUGUUUAACUCUUUUUCUUUUUUUGUAACUUUUAAACUCUUAAUAAAUAUUAUUAAAAAAAAAAAAAGAAUCUAAGAGCUCUGUUUUAUAGUAUACAUAAGGGAUCAAGUAGAUAGUAUCAUAAUACAUACUGAUGUUUGGACUUUACAGUGCUGUUUGCCUUACAUUACUGUUUCAAGAACUGUUGCUCAGACCAUACAGAAGGUCCCUAGAUUCAGUCUCCAGCAUCUUCAGGUGGAGCCAAAACCCUGGAGAGCAACUCUCAAGUCAGUGCCAACGAUACUAAGCUAUAUGGGCCAGUGGUCUGUCUCAGUAGUAGGCAGAUUCCGUUGUUCUUCUUAUUGGUCAGUGUAGUCCAAGCACUGAGACUGGCAGCUGCAGAGGCCUUGCUGUUGGAGAUCCUUCAACCUUGGAUAUCAGUGAUUGGAUUUGGGCCCGUAAAUAUGCAAAGCACGUGAACUAAACAGUGACCCCCAUCAUCUCAUGUAAUUCAGAGAGCUGUCGGCACAGGCAGUGUCCUGGUGCCAAAGAAGCUGGCACUUGAAGACCACUGGUACCUCACCAUAUAUUUAUGGGUCAGAAGAGAACACCUAAAGAGAUUUACAUGCAUUCACACUCCUGCUCUGCCUUUCCUGAGACAAAGAAAUGGCCAGUCUCUGGGUUGGAAAUGUUAGUAAUAUUGAUGCAACUGCACAGCAGUUUAAUAUGAAUUAUUCAGUAGUGUGAACCUAGUCAUUCAGCUGCUUGCAUGUUUCUAUUCCUCCAUCCCUUCAGAGCUCUUUUUUGUGUGAAGGGCUGUUCUUAAUGUCAACAGAAACUGGCCAUAGUAAACAAGGGCAGAUUUUUGGUCCAUAUCCAGGAAUUUGAUUUCAUUGCAUCCAUGUAGAAAUAAAGCAUGUCAGCAACUGAAUAACCCUCGAUAAAACUGAUAAUUUGUAUUCACAGUUCCACCACACCUUGUGUUGGCGUUUGAAGGAAAUAAAAAGUAGCCAGCUGUUUAUAAAACAAUGUGGUUUUUUUGCCUUUUUGGAUUCAAACAUGCCCUGCAUGUUACUUGGCUGUUUCAGCGCUAACAUUUAAAAGGAGGUAAAUGAUGCAACUGUGUGUUAGAGGGGAAGGAGAUAACUUACGAGUGGUAGAAAGAUGUAAGGGGGGAAAGAGGCAACUGGAAGAACUGAUGUAGUUGCAGAAAUAUGCAGUGUAAGAACAGUACUGAAAAAGGACAGACAGCACCACAAUAAAGUGACAUGGACAAUAUAUGUUUUGAUGUGGGAAUGCCAUAAAGUUUUUAUUGCUGCUUGAUUGUUCCCUCAUUAGUAAAGUCCUCCCACAGUGUAAUGCUGUCCCACGCUGGUGGCAAUAAAUGUUAUUUAGUACCUACGGUCAUAUAAAGCAUUCGUUCUGUUGCUCUAGAAAAAUAUCUGUGGGGUGUUGCUGUUGGAAACCUAUUGUGAUGUGUGUGUAGACGUUAGGAACAACAUCACAUGCUUUAAUUUACAGAUUUAAAAUCUGUGCCUAAUUGUUAUCCUACGGCAAUGGUUUCCGUGCCCUUUCAGUUUCUUUGCAUAUGUUAAAAACAUUCUCUGUAUAAUGUUUUUGUGUGCUAUUUCUACAGUUUACCAACAAGCCUUGCAUUGUGCUUCAUUUUCAAAUUAUGUGCUGGAGAUUUGUAAGUCUUCUUUUAGUCUGUGUAGAAUGCAAGCAGAAUAUACUAUUAACUGCAUGGCUGCAGAAAGCCACUGCAGAACUGAUCCCUGAUCAUUGAAAGCCUUGUCUCUAAUCUGCCUGUUCAAGGCCAUUUCUCCUGAGUGUGUGUGUGUUCUUGAAACCUUGGGCACUUCCUGACUGUCACUAUUUUCAGUUGGGAUUUAGUUAUAUGCCAGCACAUUCAGGCUGUUCUUGAAGGUCUUGUGAUACAACCCACUUUCCCCAAAGAUGUGACUUUUUGUGGCAAAGGUGGUGACUGGAAAAUGUUUGAUGCAACGUCAUCUAAUCUAUCUAAAAAUAAACCAGGAUUAAUGCUCAAUAAACAGGUUAUCUGUUUGUCAAGAAAGCAUAAGCAUGGAAGGUAAAAUUGCAGGGAAUAUUCUGUAUGUUUAGGCCUUCUUGAGAGGUCAAAGGUGUUUUUUUAAAAAAAGAAUAGAACAGACAAAAGAUCUAUUUAUUUAAUUUUUUUUAAAAAAACUGUUUUACUUGGCACUUUUACUCUGCAGAAACAAUUACACAAUAUUCAUAUCAUGAGUGUUUUUAAAUCUCUCAAUUGGCUUUUCAUAUUAGACUUUUUCGUACAAAAGUCUUUAGCAAAAGCACACUUAAGCAGCUGAAGAAGGCUGUUGAUUGCACCAUAACAAAGUAUACUAAGCAACACAUUUCUCUUUAUAGCUGUUAAUACUUUUUCUUAGGUCCAUUAACUUCAGUAGUCUACUCUGAGUAAAACUUGGCAGAAUAUAAUAAGUUAUUUGAACUGAUGGGCUAUUCAUAGCCGUGCCUUUAAUGAAGUUUAUGCAUGAAACGACAGUACACGUGAUGCUUUUCAGACCAAGAGAGUAUGCAGAAAGAUUCUCCCUAUGACUGAUGUAGCAGCACAGAACACAAUUGAUCUGGAUCAAGGCUUAAGCAUAUGUUAUUUAGUUAUGUUAUUUACAGUAACUCCUGUAGUCUCAAAACAUGGUGUGAUUCGAGGCAAAAAGUUUGCAAGCUAUGCUAUAUUGCUCAUGUCUGUUGUUUCAUCUGUAGCUAAAUCAUAGAAAACAAAUUCAACAGCAGAUUCUGAGUUUUCAGGGUUUCAGAGAAGAGUCCUUUUCUCAGUUUAUCUGGGAGUGAAUAUGGGUGCCUAUGGAUACACACAUGUACUCUGUCACUGAGUGUAAGUGACAAUUGCAAUAAGAAAUCGUCACCAGAAUUUAUGGCUGUUUGAGUGUGAUAACUGUCUAACCCAGGGAUGGGGAACCUGUUGUCCUCUGUGUGUAACUGGAAUCUCAAUUCCCAUCAGCCCCACCCAGUAUGGCCAAUGGGCAGGGAUGAUGAGAGUGGCAGUCAAGCAAAAUCUGGAGGGCCAUGGGUUACCCAUCCCUAAUAAAAUCAUUCAUCUAUGUAUAUGCACUGCAUAUAAUGUCUUAGGGAUCAAUCCUGAUGCUUCCAACAGUGGAGGACCAAUUGAAGAAUAUGGACAAGAACAGAUAAUUCAGCUAUCUAAUGGGGCAUCUAAAUAAUUGAAAUGAAUUCUCUUGUGGACAUAAAUUGCAUGCUUACAUCCCUCUUAUCUGUCUCUAAUAGGCCUUUAGGUUAAUACUCCAUUGAAGAGAAUGCACCUGUGCAAUGAAUGAGAUUUAAUUUAUAGAGGCAUUAUUACAGUAUUCUUAAUGUAUUAUUUUGCAUAACAAAUAUAGGGGAAGUGGGGUUUGAGAUAUACCUCACCUUAAGGUAGAUCCAGGAUAUAACAACCAAAGGAGAGAAACGAUAGCCUAUUGAAUGAUUUGUGGGCGAAUUGCAGUAGAAUCACUAGGGGAGAUUUGAAAAUGCUGCCUCAGAAACAAGGACUUGAAUGUAAUUGACUGGUAAGGAAGAGUGCAGGGGACAUUCAGAGGUUUGCCACGUGAUAGGGACAAUGAGGUGUUGGCAGUAUUUUAUUGUGAUUGUAUUUGACGCCAGUUAAGGUUUUGAGAAAUUGUAGCUGAAGCCUUAACACUGUACUAAAGUUCUUAAUGUGUUAGAAAUCUAAAGCCCUGCCACAGCUAAAGGAAGGCAAUUGAAAGACACUUAGAUAUCAUGUAUGAAUAUGCAGAGAAACCAAAUUCCCUUCUGAAAACAAGACCUAACCUUUUCAAAUAGCAAAGCUGAAGAACUCUUGUACAUUAAGUGUUUAUCAAUAUAUUUUAGAAAAGUUCCAUAGAUUAAGUCCCAAUGAAUUGCUAGGGCCUGAUACCAUGUUCUCACGAGCUAUAAAACAAGUUGUGUAUAUAACAGCUGAAUUACAUGUUCUGAUCUAUAUACCCUCUAUAUAAUAGUUUAUAUGCAAGAAAAAAUUUCUGUGUAAGAAAGGUAACAAAUGCACUAUCAAUCUUUCAAAAUGUUUUUUGUGUGUGUGCCUGUGAAUGCGUGCAAGGCAAAUAAGCAGCCUUUCUAAGUUCUAGUUCUUAGAAAAAACAGAUAAAAUAUGACACAUUUAAUCAGUUUUCUAAUUCAAACAGGUAGCCAUAUUCGUAAAUAAAACCCUUCAAGAAGCUUAAUCUAAAUGGUGAUGUCCUUGGAUUUUAAAAAUCCUUCUCACUGAGUGUUUCAUUGACUGAAGGUCUUGAAUAAAAGCUGAUGUCCUUUUCUGAAAGUCAACAAUGGAUUAUAAGGCGGGGGUAACUCUCACUGUGAAGAGAGGCGAGAAGAAGGGUGAUCCAAGGAUUUAUACCAGGAUGAUGUUGUUGUUUUUUAUAGCCAUACAAAAAGACCAAGAACAAAUAGUAACCAGUGAUAUUCAGUAUAUUCACAAAACACAUUAUUUAAGAGUUACAGAAGGUUCUUGUGAUAAUGUUUGGAGAAUGCACUUUGGCAAGAGCAAAAUGGCUUCAGUUUAAUUGAAAAUAGAUGCUGGAUUUACUGUUAUUCAAGGAAGAUCAAAAUUUUGGUGCUGCUUCCACACACACACACACACAACCAAUAUCUUCAACUUAAAGGAACUUGCUAGGUAAAUUUUUGUUUGGCAAAAUGCUUAUAGAACCAUAGUCCUCUUACAAAAUAGUCUGUAUCAGUCUGUAACCUAAAAAUAUGCCCUUAAUGAAAAAGCAUUAUUGGUUGCUGUAUGUAUCAUGGUGGUAGGGAAUAAGAACUUGUUGUGGAAAUGAUAAAUUACACUUUCUGGAGUGUAUCAUCUUGAAUAACUAUUGGCUAAGGGAUAAUUUUCAGUGGUAUCUGAAUGUAUUCCAUCCCACCCCACAGCAAGCCACUCAGAAUACAUAGCUGUAUUUGGGUAUAUUUAGCAUUUAAAGCAAUAGCGUCUUGAAGAAACUGAUGCACUUGUCGCUGAACAAACUGUUGCAUUGGGAGAGAAUGAAUUGUGCCUGGUUGGAUUAUAAUGAUGCAAUUGUAAUCAGAGCCCAUACCUGCAGGGAACCCCAGAUGUUCACCCACACACCCCGUUUUAAAGUAAGUAUCUAGCCCUCCAUAAAUGAAAGCUAUGAAACAAAAAGUAUAGGCAACCUUCAAAUUGAUUUCUUUAAGAUGAGCCAGCCUGGCUGCUCACACGUUUCAGUAUUUUUAGCUAAUGAGUGAAAUCAGAGCUAUGAUUGAUGAGUGAGUUGUUUGGAAUUCCUGGGGUGUUUCUCCCUCCCCUUUAGUGUACUUUCCUUUCCUGCUUCUUUCUGAUUCUAGCAACCAGGACACAUCUUUCCUGUGGUUGGUCUUUCUAAGAUCAGGUAUUCCCUAGAAGUUAUUUUCUCCAAAUGCUACUGCGCAAUAGGUGAAGGUGGGUGUUAAAGAAUGUCUCCCAACCUCCACAUGGCAAAUGCAAAAUGUGAAAACUUUGCAAAGAGGCUUAGGCAUGUCUCCUGCUGUGUAGUGUUGAAGUCUAGGCACUCAUUAAGAAUUCACUGUAUAGUUAACCUAUAAAUACAUUGUUAUACAUUUUUAAUCAGACUAAAUCUCUUCCUGUUUAAUGGAGCUCACUCUUAGAUAAGUGUUUGCAGGAGUCCAGAUACGGUUUUCCUUUGAGGAAGGAGUAAGACAGAAUUUAUAGGGAGCCCACCAGGCUUAAGCUUAUUUUGGGAAGCGGAGGGCAGGUUUUUACUGAGUAACUCGGUAAAGUAUUGACUAUGCUUUUCCUUACUAUUUUUACUUGCAAAGGAAAAUUAGUAAAUACAAUAUUUAAAUUAAAGACCCUCUGCUUUCCACCAUCACUCUUCUGCAGUGGCUACAGGCCUUAGAGAAUUCAUUUUAGCAAUCAUAUGAUAGUAAGCUCAGCUGAACAUAUGGCAUAACUUGGAGACAUCUAGAGACAAAGCAGGAUCUUAAAAACAGCAGCUUGAGGUAUUGGUGUAUAUAUUUUAAAGCAGUAUGCUGUCAAGCCUGUACUUCAAGUCAACAUGUCUAGGACAGGGAUGUAACAGAGGAGUUUGGUACACAAUGAACACUGACAAUCAAAUAUUUGUUUGGUUCCUUAUGAAAUCACCUUAAGUAUCUUUGAUUGAAACACAUCUAAAUAAAGACAUAAUCCUUAGAAGAUUAGUUUCUCUCUUCGGCAAGCAGGUUAACAGCAGUCAAAAUCUGUACUUCAGGUAGCCAGUUCUGUCACUUACAUAUGGUUGUUUCGUUGUUGUUGUUGCUGCUUUAUGUCAUCUGCCUUGAGAUGCAAAUCAUGUAGUUUUGAGAUUCAUAUACAGUAGGGCAGGGGUGAGGAAACCUUGCAACAACUUGUAUCAUUCCUGACCAAUGGCCAUACUGAGGGGGGGCUGUUGAAGUCCAACAGCACCAAGAGGCAUCCCAUCCCUCUGGGUAUAGGAUGCAAAGUUCAAAUGACUUUUUGCAAGGAAUAGGAUUGCAAUUUACCUUGCCUUUGUUUUAAUUGGCUGCCAACUGUGCAAAGAGUCCAUAACCUGGUAAAGAGGCUCAUUGGUACAGAAGACUGCAAGGUAACUGCCUAGAACAGAGCUUUCCAAACUGUGUUGUGACACGUUAGUGUAUCAGCUGCAGUAUGUAGGUGUGUCACGUGAACACUCUCUGUGCUCCUUCUGGGGCUGGAAAGGGGCUAGUUUAACCUUCAGUUUGCUAGUAAAACUGAAUUGCUGAAUUACUGUGUCGCGAAAUGGUGCCCGUCUAAAAAGAGUGCCACCAACAUGAAGAGUUUGGAAAGCUCUGGCCUAGAAUAUGGAGGCAUGUAUUCCCACCUGCUCUUUCAGCUUAGACUUACUGUGGUUCCAGUAAUCAGUCUUUAUGAAUUCUUCCAUUUUGUCAGCUGUCCAGUUGAAACCAUAAGUAUGAUUGCAUCCAAUCCGAUUUAUUGUACUAGCCAUUGGCCAUGACAAAUCUGAAUCGAAAAUAGAUACAAGCAAAAGGGGUGUCACGCCACAAAUAAUGGUCUCUAUUUAGAUCUCUGUGUCUCCCUCACAGUUCAUGGCUAUAUUGUCCAGGGUCGUCUUUCUGAUCUUUUUAAAUUCUCCAUUAACAAAAAACCUGAGGCUCUUUUACUUGGUAUUAUGCCAGGAGAAUUUUUUAUUUUUUUUAAGUUUCUUCAUGAGUCACUGAAUUGUUUAGGACCUUCUCUGCCAGGGAGAGAUAUCUUUCCUGUACAGAUGGUAAGGUGAGAAAUUGCCUACUGGGUCCUAUGUAUAGUGGGCAAUAUAGUAAUAGUGCAAGAUGUCUUUCACCUGCAGUUGCCCACAUAUAAAGAGUCUGUCUUUGUACUGUACCCUGUUAUAUCUUCCGUCUGGGACGGUGGGCAUAGCUUGAAAAUGCAGCUCAGUAAAAGUGAAUCUAAGUGAGGCCGGCUGGAUAUUUGACAGGUAACUAGCUCUAAAAUGGACCAUUUUUAGAAGGGGGAACAAAGGAGAGCAUUUAGAGUAUGAUUACAUAAUGUUUAAAAUAAUUGGGAAAGGUGGAUACAUCACAUCACUUUUCCAUACUGUUAUAAUCUUAAGUAUUAGACAGUGCUAACUUCAACAAAAUAAAGCUAAGCUUUAUGACACUGCUAAGACGGCACAUAUGUGAUAAUCUGUGGGAGACUGCCUAAAAUUUGUCCAGAAGAUUCAAGGAACUGAGGAAGCACAGUUUAUUAAAAGCAUUUGUUGAAACAGGCACAAAUCUGUCUUUGAUAAGAGCACUUAGUGCUCAUGAUGUGAAUAAUUACGUGGGACAAGGUAAAAGAUCAUCUGGUUAAUGUUUUUCAUAUCUGAUCUGUCCUUGUUUAUGUACGUAGGCAACCUUGUGCUACAAGCAAAGGAAAAUGAGUUAAAAGCUGAGCAUGUUUAUCAAUUAGGGUCCUGCUUCUCUUUUUAAUUUCUGAAUUAAAGGAUGGCGUUAAAAAUGCCAUUGUAUGUUGUGGUGUAUGUGAAAUAGGCUAGAAUUUACUAUUCAGAGCAAUUUCAAAGAGGUAUGAAACUGACAGUGGAUAUAAGAGAGGACAAAAAUGCAAAACAAUGGAUCAUCCUUGCCCACAUAAAACAAACAUAGGCCAUGGAGUUACACUCCACUUUGUGGAGUAUUGUGCUAUCAGAGUUUCAUGAGGCUUGACUAUUUGCUAUGAAAAUUGCCAUUCCAGGGUGUAAGAAAUGCCGCCCCCCAAUACACAUUUCGGUUCCUUCAGGUGUAUUUUGUCUGUUUUGCAGCAGUCCUUGUUAUCCAGUCUGCUACUUGUGGGAGGCCGCUUAAUUCUUUGCAUCACUAAAUUUCCCCAAUCUAAAUAAUACCUCAAUCUUCAUAAUGCUGCUAUUUAUUUUGUUGUGGGAAAUGUGCAAGCAGCUAUACAUUUUCCUCAGCAAAACACAUAGUGUCAGGGGCUUUGUGGAUUUAAAAAAAAAAUUACAGAUGUGUGUGUGUUUGACUUCUUGUUGACGCUUUUACUGUUAAAUUGCUUCUGGAUGCUUCAUGAGAACUGCUUCAUAAAUAAAAAUAAAUUAAACAAAUAAUAUUUGUUCGAGGCAACAGUGUGUCUAGAUUGCGAGUAUCCAUGCUUUUGGAAUCAAGCCACAAUGUUUUUCAAGAGUCUGGCAAGUGGAGAUUUCCUCUGGUCUCAGAGAAUUCAGAAAGCUAUGCAGUCAAUUCUUGGGAGAAUUCACCACAUAAUAGCUGUGAGAAUCAACUACAAAUGUUAACUGAGAAUUCCUAUUCCAAAUGAAUGACCUCACCUCAACUUAGAGAUGGAAAUAACAUCUCAGUUUUGCAUUUGUUUACACUUUUUUGGGGGGGGGGCAAUGCAGAUAGACACUGUGAUAAAAAUAUCCAUUUAAGAAGUUUGCUGGAAGAGAGAGUUCUUCAAUGGGCACCAAAAAGAAAAUAUUGAUGUUGCCUGCCUGAUAAUGUAUAUAAUGGGAGUUCCAAAGGGUGCGUGCCACCAUACAAGUUGUCUGAUUCAUAUGUUGUAUGGAGAAGACUUCCUGAUGAUGAUGCCCUUUCUUGCAGAGCCCAGUGAUCAACUGGGUAUAUACAGUGUGGGUUAAGAUAACCUUUUAGGUCAUGCGAACUAUUGUUAAAAUAUAUAUAUGGGGGGAAUCAACUGAUGGUGAGUUGAGACCCACACAGUGCUGUGAAAAUAGUAGAUCACUUUGUUUCCCUGGUGGAGCACUUGACGGUAGUGACUGGGCAGGUGAGCAAGAAAAGAAGGGCAAGAAUUGCAUACCAAUGUUGGAUUCACUGCUACGCUAGAGACAAAUAUAAAAGAGGUGGCAGCAGGUUCAAUAUUGUGACUUUCCUUUUUUAUAUUGAAAUGUGUAUUAAAUUACCCAUCAGCUAUAUAAUUGAAACAAGCUUAUGGCUGGAAUAAAUGCUCUGUAUUAUAUGUAUUAUGAAACAGACAGAAUGGGAAGAUGCUGAACAUCCUUUAAUGGCAAAGUGCUUUUAUGGCUUUUCCAACAGAGCUUGAACUCCAAAUUUGCUGGUCCUCUAUAUAGGAAACAAGAGCAUUUCUGCAUCCAGUGCCAGAAUAAAAUAAAAGUUUGGCAUUUAGGCUUUUGGCACUGAAGAAAGAACUCUCUAUUGCCUUAAUUUCAGCUUAUUGUGCGUUUUAAUAGCAUUGCACUUCAGUGUAGAUCACUGUGAUGUAUGUGUGCUGAUUGCACAGAUGUAUUUGUCUUUGUUUACAUGUGCUAGGAAGCCCUGACUGGCAACAACAUUCAAAAUAAAUAUAUAUAAACUAACACAUGGUGGCUGUCUCAAUAUGCAGUGUGCAUGCUGUUUCCUGUGGAAGAUCUGUCAUGCCUUCCAUGAGAAUGGAACUGAAGAGUAUUAGGUAUUCAUGGAGAAAUUGGUGUUUGCUGCUACUCACUGAAUUCCCACCUUUCCCCCUGACAUUUUAAAAAAUAAACAGCUGUGUGGCAGAAAUCCAACAGGUGCUUGUUUUGCCAGCACUGCAUCUCUGUUAUAGGAAAAAAGAUUCGUGCUGAAGUUUUGUCUUGUCAGACAACUGCUAAAGGCAUGAGGCCUUUCAGGAAAACAGCAUAGCAACACUAAAUCUGCCAUAUCAAAGGCUUCCAGUAUAUAGCCCUGGUUUUGUUUUCACUGAUAUAAAAUUUAAUUUAAUUUUACAGCAAAAGAAAUGUAAGGGGUGAAGAGGGCAUGCAUUAUUUAGUUUAUCAAGUGAUUUAAAAUAACCAAAGGCAAAAUUUUUACCAAAAAGGAAGCAUAUAUAUAUAUAUAUAUGGUGGGUGUGUGCUGUGCUUGUUUCUUUGUACAUUUGAGUUAACAUUUAUCACAGUUGGUCUCUGUUCUGUGAACUUUGCUAAGUGGCAUUAAAAAAAAACACCCUCUGUGCACACUUACUCCUUUCUGGUUUUUUCAGCUGGUACUUAAAGCCAGGAAGUAAUUAACUCUAGAUUACAGUAAUAUGACUUAUGUAAACUAGUGUUCUUGUGACAGGAACAUCCUAGUAAUUGCAGGGCAAUUGGUAGUCUUCUCUUGCAGCAGUGACGGGUCCAACCCUGUGAAAUGCUCAGUACCUGUUCUUCCUACUGACGUUAAUGAAGGCUGAGGGCUUCUAAUGAUUCACAGAAUCGGGCUUCAUGGUAAUUGUAGAAAAUUGCUGCUAUUCCAUUACUUGCCUCUUGCUACAAAAAGGGGCAAGAGAAGAUGAGAGAAGGCACAUCUUGCCAGAAUUUGUGGCAGCGUGGAUUUGCAUUUUAUUAGCAAUAGGAAAUUCUGACACCAUGCCAUUGGAAGGAGCACAGGAAACCCAUUCACCAUCUUCUUCAUCACCCAUCCCCACUCUACUGUCAGGCAUUCUGACUAUAGAAAAGCGCUGCAUUUUUAUGGGCAUAUUGCCUUCAGCAAUAUGUUGUUUUUCUUUCAGUUGCUCAGCACCCUUUCAAGUACCCUACUUAUGCCACUGAGCACCACAAGAAAUAUUGGUAUUGCAACUAAUCACCUACAGAGCUGAAUGCUGAUAAGUAUUAAAAGAAUUGGAAUUUACUACCAAUAUUGGUAACAAUGGCGUAAUGAGAAAACAGAAGGACAUGGUGUUACUGCAGCAGAAGUGGUCAAAUCAUGUAGCAAAGGAAAACCCAUUUCAUAUGAAAUGGGAAUUAUUGCAGUCCCUUCAUCAGAUAGUGCCCUAGCCUUAUUCAAGUUGUGUUGCAGUGGAAAGAAUAUAAACCUUGGACUGUGCCUUGAAGCUCGCUGGGUGACCCUUAGCCAUCACCCAAGCCUACCUCAGGGUUUUAUAAUGAUAAAUGAGAGGGGAACCUUGUUAUACAACCUUGAGUAGGGAAUGGAAGGAUUCUCCUGUUUCUGGUUUCUGUCAGUCUUGCAUGUGCUCAUUUGUAAGUAUGUUCAAUCUCAUUUCCGUAUCAAUUUGUGGAUAUUUAUUAACUGCAUGACAUAUUCACAUUGUUUUCUAUGUUUUUCACAAAAUGCACAUUUUAAUUUGGAUUUAGGUACACUUCAGCAGAAAACUGUGCUGCAAAAUUAAAAGAAGUCUAAAAAAACUGAAACAUAACUGCGUUCUGAUUUAUGAGCCUAGGAAUUGCAAAUCAGAUUUGUUUGCUCUAAAAUGCAGACAUGACAAAAUCCUUGAGUAACCUUGAAGACUUGUGUGUGUGUACAUUUAAUUUCCUUAGGUCAAUAACAGUUUCUUCAACAUCCAUAUUUGCAUAUACAGUAUGAUCUCAUCUUAGAAUUCGAUUCCAAGAGUUCCGCAUAUGCGCAAAAACAUAUAUACUCAAACCCUUGGAAUUGCCCCUGCGCAAACAUCCUGGGCCUUCUGUGGUCUCACAGGAACACCCCACAGCUGGCUUUUCCCUGCUCAAAAAGAGCUUUUAAGCUCUCUGCCUUGCUUGGGGAGCAAGGCCCUCUCUGCACGCCAGCUUUGAAGGCCAUGGGAGGAUUUCACAGAGCUAUUCCAGUUCCUAUGAGAUCUCAUCCCAGACCUGAUAUGCUGAGAGAGCCUUGCUUCCCAAGGCAGAGAGUUUAAAAGCUCUUUUUUCACCAGAAAAAUCCAGUACAAAAUAGCUUUUAAGCUUUCUGCCUUCCUGCAUUUCAGGAUUUCAACUAAUGGCCUUUAGAUGUGUAUGAUUGAAAUUACGCUAGUUGAAUCAGUGUUGGAUAUGAUUGUAAUGUACCAGCAAUAAUUUGUGUACAUGCUAGUAUUGCACAGCAUAGAAAGAAGAACUGAUUAAAAAGUAACCAUACCAGUACUACUCUGAGAUAAUGGGAGCUUGAAGAUAGAAAAGUAUUUAGUAUGUAUCGGAGUUUUACCAAUCCGAAUGGAGUGGGGGAAUGCAUGGCUGUAUCUGAGGUAUUUUUAACAUUGUGUUUGUUUCAGAACAGGAUUCAUGGAUAUUUAUUACUCAGAAAAUUAGUAAUCUCCUAUGAUGUGGGUUGAGCGUGAGGUUGAAAUGAUGCAUUACUGUAAUGCUAAGUUUUGGGAUAGACAUCCAAUUUGGCCUUCAAGCUUUCUCUGAAUAGGAACAUUAUUUAUUUAUUUUUAAAAUAAAAACGUCUUUGACAUUUACAAACCAGAGUAGGUUGGGUUUUCCCCCCCUUCAUUCAAACCAUUUUUUGGAAAUACACUGAGAGCAGUUGAAAAGGGUAUUUAAUCUGCCCUACUUUUUCUUCUCAGCAGAUCAUAAUUACUGAUAGAGACAUCUUGAAAGAGCUGUGUUUUUGAAAUAAACUAUCCCCUCAAGCUUCAUAAUGAGCAUUAUAUAGAAAUGACCUUUCCCUUGACAGUGUUCAGCGUACACAUUUUUACACUCUAAUAGUAUCUCUCAACAAACUUUAUUAUCUGAAUUGGGUGGAUCCAUGAGUUGUUCUUGGUUUAAAACUACAGCACUUUGCUACUUUGCUUUUUACUUCAUUUUCAGGGAGAGUUGGUGAUAUGGCCCAGAAGGGCUUUGGUUCAAUGAUGAUGAAUUAGAACGGUCCAUUUAAUGCAGCAGCCUCAUAUAGGAAAAAUAAAAUUGUGGUUUGAAGUUGUGCAGUUUUCGUAUUACGUACAAACUGUAGUAGAAGUAUAGUACCUUCAUUAUACACCUUUAAGUGGUUGAUUUGAUUGACAUCCUAUACCCUUUUAAAAUGUGGUUUUUUUGAGGGGGUUGUUAUUGGUUUGUUGUUUUUAUUUUGAUUAUAUAUUUUGUGGUUUUAUAUUCUGAUUUUGUUCUGUGAACCACCCUGAGACCUCCGGUAUAUGGCGGUAUAUAAAUUCUAAUAAUAAUAAUAAUAAUAAUAAUAAUAAUAAUGCAUUUUCAUCAGUGAACACACGUACACACACAUGGAGAAACAGUAGUGCUAAAAUAUAAGAUUUCAGAGAUUUAUAGAGCUGUUACUUCUCUCAAAGUAUGGUUGCAUUUUCCCAGGUCUGAGGUUAACGUAGACUCAGAGAACCACAUUUGGCCCCUACACUAGGUUUCCCACCCCUGAAUUGGCUCCAAAGGUGUCAGUCCACUCAUGGGAGCGUGGAAGAUCAUCUUUAAAGUAACCCUACAACUGGCAUGUAUAUAACUUGGCACAGUUGUGUUUUUUUCAUGCCACUGCACUGUUGUUGAUGUAGUUGUGAUACAGUGACUAACUAAAGUGAAGGCAUUCAAUUUUAAAAGUAAAAUGCCUGGCUUCUGUCUUCACCUGCUGUGAUGUGGAUCAAAGGGAGAUGUAACCAGGGUGGCAGAUUUAUAUGUGUGCAUGAGUGCACACACAAAUAAGUGCUUAUAAGCUUAACCACAUACAGGUAAGUACACAUAUAGGUUUUUAAGAAUAAAAGUAGCAUUCAAGGCUGUAUGUAUCCUCACCGAAGUCCUGUGACAUUUCAAAAACAUGUUAUUUCUUUCUCAUGCUGAUGUCCAGUUCUGCUGUGAGCAUCUCCUUGAUUCUUUUUAAAAGAACAAAUAUCCUUGCCUAUUUAACAGCCCCCCCCUCCAAUCUUCAUUGCAAGGCUACCCUCCUUCUUCAUUAUGUUUGUAUCAGCCAGUGUCUCUACAGCAGUAAGUAGAGGUUGCUCCACCAAAAUAAUCUCUGCAGAAAAUGCCUGCCAGUCAUGCACGCUCGCUCUCCUGCCCAGCUGGUGCUGACAACAUGAACAUUCCUUGGGACAAAUCCAGUACUUGAAGAAGAGAAGCAAGAACAGCACCAGGCCAGGAACUUCGUUCUUGUGGUUCAUCCACAAGUCCUCCCUUAAGCCCAGUACAGCCACAGAUCCACUUUUGCCUAAGCGUGGGAGCCACAACAAAGGGGAAUUUCUGUCUUUUGAGAGUUUGGCAUUCUAGCUCAGUCACCUGCAUGCAACAGAACUGCAGCAGUUUGCCCCAAAUGAGAAAUUACUGUAUUUUUUGCUCUAUAAGACUCACUUUUUCCCUCCUAAAAAGUAAGGGGAAAUGUAUGUGUGCCUUAUGAAGUGAAUGCAGGCUGCGCAGCUAUCCCAGAAGCCAGAACAGCAAGAGGGAUUGCUGCUUUCACUGCGCAGCGAUCCCUCUUGCUGUUCUGGCUUCUGAGAUUCAGAAUAUUUUUUUUCUUGUUUUCCUCCCCCAAAAACUAGGUGCGUCUUGUGGUCUGGUGCGUCUUAUAGAGCGAAAAAUACGGGUAUAUGUGUGGAUAUGUGUGCUUUCAUUUGUAGGACAUGGGUGCUUUGUUGGAGAAUCAUUGGAGGGAUUUCUAAUGCCAUUAUAUCAACACCAGAGUGUUGCAGAUUACUGCACUACAGCCUUGAAUUUCAUACAGAAUACUGAAUUUUUGCACAUGACAGCUUCAAGGAGAAAAAGUUGCUGACUCUUUCUAGCGAAUGAAAUCUUCUGCUUACAGUACACGGGAGGGGGGGGAGAGACUACUCAGUAGGUCACUAUUUUCUUAAGGAUAGUUUCUCCUUCAGGUCCCCAAAAUAUCAGAAGCCUGGUCCACAGUAACUCAUAGAAUCAUAAAGUUGGGAGGGAACCAGAGGAUCAUCUAGUCCAACCCCCUGCAAUGCAGGAAUAUGCAGCUGCCCCUUAUGGGGAUCAAACCUGCAAUCUUGGCGUUAUCAGUACCAUGCUGUACCCAGUUGAGCUAUUCAGGUUAAUGCUGUUAAUGAUAGGAAUUUUGGUGCAACUGUCCCUGUCCUGUGGAACAACACUCCUGUUGAGAUACAACAGGUACUUUCCAGAAACAAAAACAUACUCGUUUCAAUUACCGUAUUUUUUGCACCAUAACACUCACUUUUUUCCUCCUAGAAAGUAAGGGGAAAUGUCUGUGCGUGUUAUGGAGGAAAUGCCUACGGGUGGCAUGCCUACGGAUUUUCCUCCUCUAAAAACUACGUGCGUGUUAUGGUCGGGUGCGUGUUAUAGAGCGAAAAAUAUGGUAGCUUUUCCAGCUUUGGUGCUUGUCUUGUGUUGUUUUUAAAUCUGGGUUAUUUUUGUACAGUUCUAAAACUAUUUUUAAUUGUUCUAUGAUAUUUUUAUGUCAGCACCUACAUAACAUGUGAUUCAUAAAUUUAUUACUAAUAUUAAUAAUAAAAAUGAAAUGGAAAGUUAAAUUGUUUUAUUAGCAGCUCCAGCUAUUGGAUGGCUCAGAACUAUGGGUCUCCACAACAGCUAUUUUCUAUCACAUUCACCACAGUUAGAUUAUACAGCCUUGCAGAUGAAAUUCAUUUCAGUCAAAGACAUCUUAUGCUUCCCAGUAUUGGUGAUGGCUAAGGGUCACCCAGCGAGCUUCAAGGCACAGUCCAAGGUUUAUAUUCUUUCCACUGCUACAGAACUUGAAUAAGGUUUGAGUACUAUCUGAUGAAGGGACUGCAAUAAUUCCCAUUUCAUAUGAAAUGGGUUUUCCUUUGCUACAUGAUUUGACCACUUCUGCUGCACAGGAAUGCACACAGUUAAUUCUGUCACAAUAUUUUGAUCUUUGGCUGAUGUUUUCUUCUGGGACAGUGCUAUGGAUUUGACAUUGCCCAUCAGAUGUGUGUGACCAUGAAGUAGCCAUUACGUUUUAUGUAAGCAUCUACUAAAAUCCAAUUUUAAAAUCCCCUGGCUUUUGCCAAUGGUAGUUCAUAGAUUUGGACUGAAAGAAAAGCAAAACCAGACUUUAGUGGAAAAAUCUGUUUCCUUGUUAUUAUUAUUAUUAUCAUCAUGCAUUUUAAAUGGCUUCCUUUUAUCUAAAAUGUAUCAGUUACUAGGGAAAUAAAAUUCAAGAGUUACUUGUAAAAAAAACCCAACCACCCCUCUUUAUUUGUUUUUAGUGGCUGUGUUCUUAGAAUAGCUCAUUUUUCUUUGUUUUGCUGGUGAGUAUAAAGCACAUGAAAAAUGAAACUAAAUCCAUCAACAGAGGGACUUUAAUUGCAAGCAGUAUAAUUUGUUUAAUACAUCUUUUUCCCAAAGGAGACUAAGACAACUUCCAUUUUAAAAAUACUUCUAAUACUAGCAUAAUCCUAUGUAUGCCCUGAGAACUUAUUCCCAAAGUAAUAAUCGCAACAGGACUCUCACUGGGACAUCUUUUCAUGAAAGGCCAUUUACUAUGGUGCCAGAAAUGUGAGAUCUCUUGCACUGAAGAGGAUGAGUUGGAAGAUGUAGCCUUGUGGAUUUUAUGUCUUUACUGUGCCAGUAAAUAGGUGACAUCUUGAUUUGCUUGCUGGUGGAUUUAUGGCAUUUUAUUAUACUUUAUUGUCUAUUUUCUAAAUGGCAGGUUCCAAGUCUCAAGUUAUGCUUAUGAAUGAUGCCAUGUUGUGUUCUUAUAAUGGCUAAUGAGGGUUUGUCACUAGAGAAUCAUUUAGAAGUCUAACCCAAUAGCUGUGAUUGCAUUGGUUUCCAUUUUUGCAGAGGUUAUGCAACACUAGACUUCACAGCCCAUAUUUGUACCAUGGCUGGUAUCCCAUGACUUGGGAAGUGGUGGUUGAUUGGCCACUUCAGUGCUUCUUGGCUGCCUUUAAAAUUACUGUGCCUUUGUUGUAUUAAUUCUAGUUCAGGCUUCCUUAACUUCGGCCCUCCAGAUGUUGCGAGACUGCAAUUCCCAUCAUCCCUGACCACUGGUCCUGCUAGCAAGGGAACAUGGGAGUUGUAGGCCAAAAACAUCUGAAGAGCCAAGGUUGAGGAAGCCUGGUCUAGUUCAUUCUAGAUCAGUCUGUGGAAUACUGCACAACUAUUCAGCACUAGUUUGCAGCCUUACUAGUUUGUACUGGAGAAUACUAGUUUGCAGCCUUAGAAGGUUUUCCCAUAUUCACUAUAAAAUAUUACAGAUUUUUUUAGUCUGUGAAAGUCUGCAUCAUCUACCUGAUUCAACCAUUUUGAGAAUGUAAUUUUGGAGCAUUUACUAGUUUUUGGAUGCUUGGCUGAGGGUCCAAACAAAACCCAGAAUUACUGGAUUUUGUUUUUCUUUCUCCCAGUGAUCAAGGGGCAGCUGCAUGAUGGUCACUGGAUUACCUACAGCAGCUUUUUUCUCAAAACAGCUCCAUUUUUUUCUUGCAUGUCAUGGUUAAAUCUCUCUAUGCUGUAAGCGCAAAUACUGGAAGCUGUAAUCAAAGUCUUAACAACUGAAGUAGGAACCCAGCUCAGAAAUGCCUGUCAGCAAGAUGAGUGAAAAAUGAAUAGCAAAGAAGAUUUAAGUAGGCAUCUGAAGUGUCUACAAGCAUGUACAGUAUUAAGGGCACAAACACUUGGCAAUUUUCCUGAUUCAAACGCUCUGAUUAUGUCUUAUGGCACAUAACUGUGCUACAUGACUUAGGUGCCCUGCUCUCAGCGGUGGCUAAACACAAUGGAAUUAAUCACCACUUCCUUUAGUAACAUUUGCAUGUUUCUCUCUAUGACAUAGCAUUCAUCACAUGCACUUAAGUCUUAUCUCUGCCAGUCUGGGAUGCCUAGCAGCAUUUACAGAUCCAUUUUCAUUGCUGUAAAAAAUUAAACAGUUUUGUCAGUAGGAAUGAGAGUAUGUGGAAUAUCUGGCAUGACGGUGUGCUGAAUGGUUAAGGAGGAAUAGACGAAGGUUAUUUAUCUAUCUUAUGGUACAUGGUUAUUUAUCUGUCUUAUGGUAACACUCAGUAUCUUUUUGUUUUUCACUUAACAUAGGUGAACAGGGCUGCCAACAUGGUGCCAACUUAUAGAUGUCCCUUGUGUGUGUUUGAGUGUGAUACAUACACACUUGUCAUUUAUCUACUAGCUUUAAAAAAAGGAUAGCUUCAUUUUUCUGUUUCUGCUUCUUAAACCUCCUGCUGUUGUCAACAACAACGAAAAGCAGUGCCAAAAAUAGGUUUCUGACUAAGCCAUACUCAGAGGCUUCAUUGAAAUCAAUGGAAUUUAAUUGUUAGCUUCGUUCAUUUCAAUAGAAUUAUUAUGAGUAGGGUUAAGUUGGAUACAGCCCAAUAAACUUAUUUAGAGAGAGAGAGAUUGCUCAACCUGGAAAGCAAUGUAUCUUGAUUGUAUUUCAAAGAGAAAAAAACCCAUAGGUUUUUCUUCAAGAUGCCUGCUUAUGAUAGAACUUACUAUCAGUCUGGGGUGGCUAUUCUCUGUGUCUAGCAUAGCAAAACUGUACGGCUUAAAUGUUGCAGUGCUUGGAGACGGAGGAGAGUUAAGUUUAAGCAAACCAGUCUUUUAUCUUGUCUUAUACUUUGAUCCUACUCAGUUAUCUGUUUUCUUUCCUGUGCUUUCUGUAUAUUAAUCCCCUUAGCCUGCCUUGCAAGUCUCCUUUGUAGUAUCAUUUUCACUAUAAUUUCACUAUUUUUCAUAGUUAAAUUGAUUAGGCAGGGGAAUGGAAGGUCCCCUGUGUCCUGUGAGGUCAUUAGUUUCUCAUGAAAACAGAGAUCACUAUUAAUUAAGCAGCAACAAAUAAAACAAUCCAAAGCAUAGAAGAGGAAAUAGUUUUUAAACUUUCACCAUGUUUUGGACAAAGAUGUGCAAUACCCUUGUAUAUUCUUGCAUUAUUCGCUGCAUAUGUGUAGACACGUAUUAGACGAAUUUUAGCAUAGCCAAUGAAAUAGUGCCCUUUCUUUAAAUUGUUUAAGGAUUUAUCCGCUAUACAUCUGCAUCUUCCUAUCGCUAAUGCAAUGUCUCUGCAGUGUCUGUAUAGCAUCAAGCUUUGUGACGUGUGAACGAUUAGUCAGUGUAUCCCCACCCGGAGCAUGUGUUUACUAGAUCAGUAAGCCCUAGGCUCAGACUAUGUGAUCAAUAUACUGUUUGCUUAUACUGGAAGACCUGGGUAAAUUAUGUGCUAUGAUAACCCUUCAUCAUCAAGUGGCAGCUGUUCAGACCAUUUGCGUUUCGACUUCUUGUUUUGGUCUUUUUUUAUACCAACCUGCAGAUAUUGCUAACUUGCCUUUUCAGAAGCGUGUCUUAGUGCCACGCAUUGCUGCUGAAGGAUAUUUCUUUUGAGCAUGAACAAAGCUUGCAUAGUUAGCCAAUAAAGCGUGUGUUGUGAAUUUUAAUCUUCAAUAGCUUUUCAUUCAGAGUCAUAAAUAGAUUUUUUCCAUAGCUAUCACAACAGCCACUCCUCUCACCAACUCCUGAUGUUUUAUUGUUUGAAUGCAAGCCCUGUUUAAGGAAGUUUUUAACGUUUAACAGACUGUUGUAUUUUAAUAUUCUGUUGGAAGCUGCCCAGAGUGGCUGGGGAAACCCAGCCAGUUGGGCGGGGUAUACAUAAAUUAUUAUUAUUAUUAUUAUUAUUAUUAUUAUUAUGUGUGUGCAUAUAUGGCAAGAAACCCUUCUAUAUCAAAAUGUAGGACAGAGGAGCCAUGGAGCGAGCUUUUGAGGAUUACUGUUAAAGAGAAACAUUGGCAGGUGAGAAGAUGAUAUUGCUUGUAGUGGUCAUGGUGUAAGUACCGUCUCCUUCAUAACGCCACAAUUUUAAAAUAGGAAUUGAGAAAUCUUUGGCUAAAGAUCGUAUUAGAUUAUAUUUGGUGCAACAAGGUGCAUUUGGGACAAAGAAGCAACGGCUGCACUGUCAGGUUGAAAUUGAAUGCAACACUCUCAGGCUGCAGUCAGUCAGAGGUUAGGGUUCCUUAAGCCCAUUGACAUUAAUACUUGCCAAUUGUGAGUGAGAAGCUAUUGUGGAGAUUAUAACUGGGGCUAUUAUUUUCUCCUCUGCCAUUGAACCGUUUCUAGUUCUCCAAAAACCAUGUUUCUCUUUGAAAAUCCUCACUGAUAAAGGUGGCUGGAAUUCAUUUUUAGUAUUCCAACUGAAACGAGCAAAGCCGCUGCCACGUCGACAAUACAGCAUUCAUGUUUUAAUGCAGAGAGGUGAGGAGGGCAAUAUAUGCAUUUAGCACCCCGUGUGGGGUCAGGGUUUGCAGCUAUUGCUAACGGACUGCUGCUCAAUAGCAUGCAUGUUAAGGGCUCAUCUGCCUUUGUCAGAGUAUAUAGCCUUAAAAUUUGUCAGUGUUUAUAGGAUUACGUUUGGAACUGUUUGUCCUGGGCUUUCACAAAUACUGGUUGUUUUUGUUUGCCUCGCAGUAAGCCAGAGUAACCAUUAACAUGACUAAGCUGUGUUGCCAGUAAGAAUAUAAGAAAAAAGAAAACGAACAGCCUGAAAUUAUCCAGUUACCUAGUUGUUGUUUUUAAGAUAAAAUGUUCUUUCCCAUCAUAAGAUAAAAGUUUUCCAUGGAGCCUAUUUUUCAUCAACAUUUCAUCAUAGUGUUAUUCUGUAGAGUACAGAAAAUAAAAUGGGUGGGUGAAAGAAGAAGCCUCACAAACAAAAUAAAAGAGGGGAGAAAAAAGUCCGUUAACAAUGAAGCAGCUGGACUAGAACCUGAGAGGCCCAGGGUUCAAAUGCACACUUAGUCAGGAAGCUCCCUGGGUGACCUUCAGCCAGUUACCUACUCUCAGCACAGGGGUUUGUGAGGAUAAAGUGGGACAGGGGGAGGACCCUGUACCCUACCUUGGAGAAAAGAUGCAAUAUACAUGUAAUCAUAAAUAAAAUGUAGAACAAAUCACAAAAAAGAAUAAAAGGAAUAACAGAGAUCUACUUAAUGCAGAAUGGUGGCAAACACCAUAAGCAGUUCCUCAGUAUUACAAGUAGAAUACAAAUACACAAAACGAAGAUGGUUGUUUCAUUGGUCAAAAAACACAUUAUAGUAGUUCAAAAUAACUGUAGACAAGCGGUGGGCAGAAGUUGGAUUGGGAUCUACUUUAAAUAGAUCUAUGCAUUUUGUUGUUGCUUUUUAUUAUUAUACAUUAUUUUUUCUUGCUAUUGGCCUGAUUUUUUUCUGUCGCUGCUUCUAUAGAAUAGCACUACAAAAUUUAUUUGAUUGAUUAGGGUUGUAGCCUGCCACGCUUCAAGGACUUGGGAGCAGAUUAACAGUGCAUUGAGAUAAUGGUGGUGAGCAAGAUUUCGUUCCAAAUGGUAUAAAAUCUAAAGGGCAGAUGGGAACAGAAUAUAAAGAUGCAAGAUUCUUAGGAAAUAAGUGAUACAUUUAUAUGACUCCUUGGGCUCUAAAGUUCUGCAUUAAGAAGCAUCCUUUUAAGUAAGAAACAUCUGACAAUUCUAGUAUCUGUGAGGGUGGAGAAGCUUUCGCAGCAAAAAUGAUUUGUGCUUAGUGCCUUGAGGGUGGGCAGAAUGUUCUCGACAUUGUGCUAAACCACUCCUGGUUUACAAAGAGUGCUUCUCUCCCUCCCUCUCUCUCUCCCUCUCUCUCUCCCCCCUACCGACAUCUGCGCAGUUAAGAUUAGGCUGUCAGAGUACAUCUAAAUCAGCUUUGAUUUUAAUUCUGUGUGUCUUUCUUAAUACAGAUUUCUAUUUCCAUCAUUGUAUAGCGCUGAAGAACUAGUUCCUUUUAAAAUAUGGCUCAGAUUAAAAGCCCACAAAGUGGGGGGUGUGGUUGUGUGUGCAUGUGCAGGGCUUUGUGGUGCUGCUUCAAUACAAUCUAUGGACCUAUCACAAAUGGUAUGUUUGCAUUGGCUGGCUUUAAGAGUUUGCAAGGCAGAACGUAUUUGAUUCUUUCAGUUGCACUGAAGCUUUCCAAGUCCAAGACUGCAUCGCUUUUAUCAUGAGUUAUUUUUAGGGCACCUCAAUUUGGGGCUCUUGUUGAGUGUAAACAGUGCAGCUGCUUCCCUGUGUCACAUGACGCCAUUGCAUGAAGCUUUGUUUAAAAGUAUGAAAUGAACAGCCUGAAUUCUUGCUCUGCUUCUAGCGGGUUUCCCCCCCCUGUAGUAGCUUCAGUCCUUAAAUUAUCUUUGUUUAUGGCUAUCUUUAAGCUUCCCAGGACUCUUCACGUAACACUCAAGAGAUGUACGUUCUGUAUAUGCAUAUAUUCUAUACACACAUAUGCCCAGGAUACAGAACCAUAGGACUUCUUGUCCCCAAAGGGUGGAAACCCUUAAUGUUCCAUUUUGGUGACAGGUGGUCUUAGAAAGAGAGAAAGAAAGAGAAAAUUGCAGUUAUUAUUUUAAGCAAGCAAUUUAUGCCGUGCUUAAAACAUGUCUCUCUUUUGCAGGCCAGUAG